ACUGGAUGCCCACGCCCCUUGCCUGCGGAGAGGAGGUCUCGAGGCUCGGCUCCAUCUCCAGCGCCACGGAGGGUUUACCGCUUUUUACUUGCAGCCGAGCGGCCGUGCGAGCUCGUCCGUGCUUUCCCCACAAGCUUCCUGGGCCCCGCCCCCUUUCUCUCCAGCAGCUGCGAAACUGCGGAGCGUGGAUUACAGCUGCCGUGUCGGCUGAGGGGCACCGGGAGGCGCAGUGCGCAGGCGCGAGCGUUCGGGACCCGCGGCGCGCGGCGCUCGGUUGUAGCAGGAGUGAGUUCCUGGGCGCAGAGACCCGGCAGUGGGCUGUUGAGCGAGCGGGUGACCCGGCGCCUCCUCUGCAGCCAUGGCAGCUCUGCGCUACGCGGGCCUGGACGACACGGACAGCGAGGACGAGCUGCCGCCGGGCUGGGAGCAGAGAACCACCAAGGACGGCUGGGUUUACUAUGCCAAUCACACGGAGGAGAAGACGCAAUGGGAACAUCCGAAAACUGGGAAAAGAAAGCGAAUAGCAGGAGAUUUGCCCUAUGGAUGGGAGCAAGAAACCGAUGAGAAAGGACAAGUGUUUUUUGUCGACCACAUAAAUAAGAGAACGACCUACUUGGACCCAAGACUGGCAUUUACCGUGGACGAAAAUCCUACGAAACCGACCACCAGGCAGCGGUACGACAGCAGCACGACCGCCAUGGAAAUACUCCAGGGCCGGGAUUUCAGUGGCAAAGUGGUCGUGGUGACGGGCGCCAACUCAGGAAUAGGGUUUGAGACCGCCAAAUCUUUUGCCCUCCAUGGAGCACACGUGAUCCUGGCCUGUAGGAAUAUGACGAGAGCCAACGAAGCUGUGUCGCGCAUUUUAGGAGAAUGGCACAAAGCCAAGGUAGAAGCAAUGACCCUGGACCUCGCUGUGCUCCGUAGCGUGCAGCAUUUUGCUCAAGCGUUCAAGGCCAAGAAUGUGUUGCUUCACGUGCUUGUGUGCAACGCAGCGGUUUUUGCUCUUCCCUGGAGCCUCACGAAGGAUGGCCUGGAGACCACCUUCCAGGUCAACCACCUGGGGCACUUCUACCUGGUCCAGCUCCUCCAGGACGUCCUGUGCCGCUCAGCCCCAGCCCGGGUCGUGGUGGUCUCCUCGGAGUCACAUAGGUUUACAGAUAUUAACGACUCUUCAGGAAAGCUCGACUUCAGCCGCCUCUCCCCGUCGCACAGCGACUACUGGGCCAUGCUGGCUUACAACCGGUCCAAGCUCUGCAACAUCCUCUUCUCCAACGAGCUGCAUCGCCGCCUCUCGCCGCGCGGGGUCACGUCCAACGCGGUGCAUCCCGGCAACAUGAUGUUCUCCUCCCUCCAUCGCGGCUGGUGGGUGUACACGCUGCUCUUCACCUUGGCCAGACCCUUCACCAAGUCCAUGCGUCCGCACCUUCCCUGGCUGGCGUGCUGGCAUGCUUGAGUGCCAUCCGUCUCUUUGCUGAUGCUCUGUGUCGGUGAAAGACCAGGUCACACAGUUAGAAUGCUGAGAUCUCAGCAUCAACCCCGGCACAUUUCCCAGAGAGAAGACACCAAGAUGUUGCAAAGAAAAAAAAGAGUUACAGCGUAUUUCAAAAGGAGAUUCUGGAGCACACCCAGUCAUGAAAAUGAGAGGGGUCUUCUCUCAUUGUCUCCUUUGCAGCCAUUGGCGAUGGGCUGCCUGUUUCUUAUGGGUGAAGAGGGGGGAUCACAGAGGGUUCCUGUCUGCUGAGCCUGAAGGGAUCUCUUUUCUGCCGCCGUGUGUUUUCCCCAUCAGCCGUAAGCUUGUGUGCUACAUUGCCCGAAGCCCCUUGUUCUCAGUGCCAGGUUCAAGGCUCUGCUGGGUUCAUGUUCGAACCCAGAGUGGAGGCCUUUUUUAGUCAAAGCUGGAAUCAAAAACAAGUUAGAAAUUUGGCUUAUCUUUGCCAAGCCCACCUGUCCAUUGGCAGCCUCCGCGAUGGUCUGUGGCGUGUGGAUCUGACACGUAUUCAGAGUAGGGGGAGGUUCGCUGAGAGUGGUCCCUGUGUAAGUGUGUGUUCUCUAGGCUCCCAGGACAGAGCAGCCAACAUCGACGGGAACCAUGGCUCCUGUUUAUCAGCGCUCACCUGUGCCAAGAGCCCCCUCUCUGUUCCUCCCAUGCAUUGACCCAUUCAGUGCCCACCGCCCCUCUAACUGAAUGAGGCGAGUGGGCAGAGGAGAGCACGGGGGCCUGUCGUGCAAAAGAAGAAUGCAUUGCAGUGUCUCAGGCCAGGCAUGGGCUUCCGAGUCCUGGCCCUUCUUCCUGAUGCCCCCGUCAUCACGGGCAAGUGACGCUACCUCUGUGGACCUGGGCUUGUCCUCAUCUCUGCCACAAGGGGAAACUAGUUUCCACAUCUUGAGGUUGUUGGAGGACGAGGGCACAGGCCAACCCUAUGGCAUGUGCUGGUUUUCUCUGUAUCCUUCCAGUCAGUGGGACCUUUCCUGAAAUCUCACUGCCAUCUAAGGACAUGUAGGGAGCUCUUGUCCAAGAUCUUGUCUGUCAUUUGGCCCCCAAACGUAUCAAGCCACUGCUCAUGAGAAAUGCCCUUUAACUCUGAACUCCCAGCAAGACCCCUGAGGAGCUGCCACAGUAUCUUCCUCUUGACAAUGCAAUUAUAACAAUGUAUUGUUGCAGCUCCUCGUCCGAUUUUGUGCUUUUUCAAAUCAUAUUAAUGCUCAUGAUGGCCUUUCAGCUUCCUUUGGUCUUUAGUGACUGUAAUACAUUUUGUUCCCUUGUUCUACGCUUGUUCUCAAGUCACCUUAAACCUGUUUUUGGAAGCAGCUUCGAUAUGAAUUAAUAACAUGAUUUAGUUUGAAGUAGAGGCAUAUUCCAGUGAUUCUCUUAAUAACACUGGCCCCAAAGCAACUUUCUCUCCGUAUGUACUUUUGGACAUAGGUCUGUAUGGUCCAUGUUUAACCAAAGAGAUUGUACAACACCUUUGAAAAAAGUGUUGCAAAAGCAUCUGCUCUUCAGAACUAUAAACCUUUCACCUUUUUUUUUUCUCUGUGUGAUUUACAUAAUAGUAGUUACAAUUGCUGUGAGCAGCGUGCCUGUUGCCAGAAUAGUAGACUUUUAAUCAGACAUGGAUGAGUAUGUGUGUAUAUUGAUUCAUAGCUCUUUAAGGGCCGGGUCAGUAGAUAUUUGUCCCUUUUUUUUGGUCUUUUCCCCUGUGCCCAGUAUUGUUUUCCAGGAAGCUAUUCGUAUCUUAAAACCUACCUUUGUGAAGAGUUUCUGUAUUUAGUACUCGGUGAACUGGGGCUGGUUGAGAAAGACAGCGGGACCGAGCGAGGGCAACGCACGAGGCCCCAUGCUGACAGCAGGAACUCGGUACGUGGGUUUGUCUGUUGCUGUAUCAGGCAGAUCGGCAUGUGUACUUAGAAACUCUGUUUGUGAAGUGGAGGAGGAGGAGAGAAAGCCAGCAGGUUCAGCCCACUAUUUGGAUCCUAAAGCCUUUAAAAAAUUCUGUGUUGAUGAAUAAAACAUUUUAAUCAGAACCAUAUCAACACUGAUCAAUUUUUUUCAUGGGAGUCCAAUACAGGGUGAAUUCCAUUAAGUCAGUGAAAUACCUGAUCGAGUUGUAAACGGUACAAGAUGGUUAUGUUGUUGCUUUUUCAUAAAUUUGUGUGCCUGAACUCCUUUUCCCAGGACCCCCUUUUUUUUGGCGUCUCUUUGUGAUGGCUGUUUCAACCAGAAAUAUGUGUUCUUCAUUUGCUAAAAGACCAACCCUUGUUUCUUAGCUGACCUCUGAGAAAUUCUUCUGCAGGUCCAUUCCAGUAUUGUCGGGUUUCUCAGUUAGCCAGACUUGGUCUCUGUACAUGUUGAUGAUCAGAUUCUUUCCCAAACUUCCAAAGCCUUGGUUGACUUUGGGGUCUCUUGCCUUUUCUGUGUCGCGGCAGAGCAAGUAAUCAAAGCCAGAUCAGGGCGUCCCUCCUGUUGUUCCUCCAGAACAGUGUCUUUCAGAGUCGUUCAUUUGCCAACUUGUUGAGGUCGCAGCCCACUGUGUGUACACUUAGGCGUGUGCACGUGUAUGUGUCUCUGUGUGUGACGUGUGUGUGUGUGCGUGUCCGAAACAGAAGUUCAACGAAACAGACCUCUCAUCAUGGGCCGUGUCCUCUGCUCGUUUCCUCUUGGAUGAAUUUCCCUGUUUAAAGUGCUGAUAGUGGCCCAGGUUUACCCCCUCGUGGGGUCACCGCUCACUCUGUCAGAAUCUCCCCUCUGAAAAUUUCUGCUCGCAAACCGUUGGCUCUGGGCCCAUCCAAGGAGCGUUCAUCCCGUGCUGACGUUGGGGCAGAACAUUCGAAAGUGAGCACAUCCUUUUCCUUGGCCUCUGGGUGCUUACGUUCAAAGGGCUGGAGAUGGGAAGGAGCUUAGAGUGAGGCAAGGUGGGACCGCCCCAGCAUAGUGCUUUUCUGCCCUGGGGGUGGACCUGAGAGUCGUCGGGCGAAGCUGUCUCGGGGAGAUGAUGGGCAGGAGGUGAGCUUGUAAGCAGGAGGGGAGGAUGACCUUGCAGCCGUGAGGGCCGGGGCCAGGACCAGGGACAGGUGGAAGAGGGUGCUUCAGAACCUCAGGAAUCAAGCCAAACAAGGUUUUAGUGCCGUGUUUCAAAAAAAUCAAAUACGUGCCAAAACGUCAUGAUGUACAAAGUUCCAGGUUUUAAAUCCAGGUAGGAUCCUUGUUACAGCAAAGGCUCGAGCAAUGAACAUGGAUUUCAGGUGAGACGGGAGCUGAAGGAAAAAAAAAAUACAUUGCAGGCCUGGCUAUGGAUCGGGGCAUCUCAUGAUUUCAUAUUCAAAUUGAUGAUGAGACGUGCCUGCUGUGGCACAGUGGGUUAAGGAUCCGACUGCAGUGGCUCAGGUUUGAUUCCCAGUCGGAUGCAGUGCUUUCAAGGUUCUGGCCUUGGCGUGGUUCUGGCUCAAAUUCAUUCCUGGCCCAGGAACUUCCAUGUGCUCUGAAUGCGGCCGUGAAAGAAAAUCGUGAUAGUUACGGUAAGAUGACGACAACGAUGGUGACAGCAGGACGUACCACUUGUUGAGCAGUUGCUGUGUGCCACCACCUGGGCUUGCACCUUAUCCGUUGCUCACAUGUGAGUCUUUGGGUGGUAUUCCCUGUUACUACCAAGAAAGCUUGGAGGAAGCGAGCAAGCUGUUGAAGGUGGCGGCGUGGAGAUUCAGGCCCUUCCCCGCUGGAGUGAAGCACCGAGCGCCAAGGCCCUACCGCCUGCGGUCGCUCUUGGCUUUCACUGUCCCUGGCCUGCAGAGAGGCCAUUCUCAUGACAGCCAGGAAGUGAGUUGAAAGAGGCAGAGUUUUCUUAGCCUAAAGACCAAGAGAGAGGCUGAAAGAAUGGACCCUUUAGAAAUCCUGUGAGCUGGUACAGAGACAGCACUGAGGACCAAGAGGCGGGAGAAAUAAUGCUCUUAAUGUUGCAAAAGUAGAAGUGGAAAGAACUUCCCGUGUGGUAACCGAAGAUGGGAGGUAAACGGAAAGACGAUAUAUGGAUACACGCAUUGUGGCUGAAUUUGGUGAGAUGCCCACAUAUGCGUGCGUGCAGACGCACGAGCGCAGGAAAAUAUCUAAUAGUUAUGUUUUAUUUAGGGCAUAACAAAUUAUUAUCCUGUCUUUUUAAAAGCAGUUGGCUUAAAUUCUUGCUUAAGGAUAUCUGAUGGAGUUAAUAGGGGACUAUAUUUUAACGUAACAUAUUUUUCGUUCAGCUAGGUGUAAUGUUUAUUUCUAGAAGUAAUUACUAGAAUUGCAAACCACCGGUGCUUCAGAAACAUCUUAACAUGUCUUUUUUGGUGUUGCCACUUAAUGAGUGAUGUAAGACAGCGUCUAAGGAGAGAAUAUUUAGAGUAUCUACGCAUGUCACUUGUAUAAUCUAUCUAAAAAUGAUCUUGCCUAUUCACUAUUUAAAUAGCUGUGGCCUUUUAGUGAGUACCAACACUAACAAACCGUGUACACGUGAUUUAAAGUAUGUAAUGAGAUUUGCAGUGCCAUCUGAUGAUGAAACUACAGAAUUAGUGAGCACAGCAUUGACCCAUCAUCCUUAUAAAGAGCUGUUUGCAUUGUGACCAACCCCCUUAUGGGCUGGCAGCAUGUCUGCAAGUGAUAUCUUCACCGAUGCCCCCGGAAGGAUGGUCUACCUGAUGCUGGAGUGCCCCUCGCAGUGUGCCUGCCUCUGAUGUUAAUCUGUGCGCCCAGGAGAGUUGGCAGUGUUCAGACCCGCUGGUGAUGUGCUGACUGUGCAUGUCCGCCCCCCUCUUGUUCAUUGUGUUACUGUGGUCCUCAUUAAAGGCCUUUCCAGGGCCUUUCUCACAUCUCUGAUGGUGGUUCUUCCAAAGCAAGCUUGUCCCAGGGCAGCAAAAGCUCUCCUGCCAACAUGCCCCUUCACCGCUUUGAAUGCAAUGGCAAAACGCUUUCGCAUUCAGUCCAGAUUAGCCGCUCGUUCUCUAGGUGCUUUCAAGGGAAUGACUCAUCACAGUUCUUGGGGCACAGAGCUUCAGCAUGCAAGGGUCGCUUUGUGACUUAAGCGUCUGUCCUGAGCAAGUGAAGGUGAAUUCCACCAAAAUCAGUGGAAAGAAAGACAAAAAGCUCUUUUUACCUGACUUUAAAAAGAAAAAAUCACAGAUCUUUAUUUCCCAAAUGCUAAGCUUUCUUUUGGGAGAUCUUAAUAUUUUGGGGAUCACAGAGGGGAGCGUGUAAACAGAACGUGAACUUAGCCCUUUCACUGGACUCAGCAACUUUCCUGACUCCCUUUUUCUCCAUAAGGAAACCGAGGAAUCCCCCACAGAUGAAGGGGCACAGCUUGAUCUGGUCCAGCUUGGUCUAGAGACUCUGUUUCAGUAUUUAUUCCACCUUCCCUGAUUCCCUGCCAUUGAUUCAGCACCUUUUGGCUUAAACAUUUACUUAUCUUUGUAUCCCAUGUCUAGAGUAUAUGUGGUCUUACGUUAAAUUAGCGUUCAGCAUUUGCUAGACAGAAUAUAAGUUUAUAAAAUUUAAUCAACAAGCAGAAUAUAUAUCAACCAGUUUUAGCAUUAGUCGUAUGGUAUUAAAAAUGUAUGGGACUUCCCUGGUGGCUCAGCGGUUAAGGAUCCAGUCUUGUCACUGCUAUGGCUCGGGUUGCCACUGGGUGCAGGUUUGAUUCCCUGGCCCAGGAACCUCCACAUGCCAUGGGCGUGGCCAAAAAACCCAGUACGUAUAUAUGCACAAAAAUACUUAUGUACACUCAUAUCACUACCGGUGGAUGCCAGUAGGUGGCGCUCUGUUUCACCCGUGGGUGGCUUAGCCUGGAAUUGGCUUGUAGAAUGUGGCAGGAAAGUGAUGGAAUGACUAGUGUGUCUUUCUUGGGCCUCGAGCAGAUGAAAAAAACCUUCAUUCCCAACAGUUUCCAUUCCCCAUGUCACCUCCGUAUUUAAUUUACUUCACUUACAUGACUACUUGAAGUUUUCCCAGGUGAGUUGCUCCUAUUCAUUAUAACCUGGAGGAGUGGGAUUAGUAAACGAGUGGCUUAUACUUUCCAAAGGGAGGCCAGUGGAUGGUGACAUGGGAAGAACUGAUCUGCCAGCAGCUUGCGUGAUGGGGUGAACUGAGGGCACCUGAGCCAUCUCAGGGGCCCAGGUUGUCAUAACCUAGAGGUUACCCAGGCCAUGACCUUGCAUUUAGAGAGUCAGAAACUGAACCCCGAAUGUUAGGCGACUGUUUCAAGUUCUUACCAAAAGAGGGUGUUUCCGCAGCACAAUGAAAAGGUUUCGCUCAAGUGGCCCGUCCAGUGUUUGGAAUGAAUGCGUAUUUCUUGUGUGAUUGGAUAUUUCAGUGGCUGGAGAGCUGGCAUUAUGCUGUAAGUUCAGUUAGUCGGUUUUCUGCGUCUCCUGAGUAAAGGGCUAUGAUAGUCGAGCAUUUUUGCCUUCAUCCCAAGAAACACCUUUCCUCCUCCUUCUCUUCUUCUUCUUCUGGGUCUCCAGCCACAGAGGUCAGGACUGCUAUUCUCUGUGUUACUUGGUUUUGCUUUCCUUCCAAUUCAUUGAUCUGUAUGGUCUCUACGCGUGAGUGAGUGUGGCGCGUGCUUUAGUUGUGAGCUCUCAGACGUCAGUGCCUUUUUAGGGAGCAAGAUUUACCUUCUGCACUUGCAUGCGCUAUUGUUACAGGCUGCUGGUGUUGGGAUGUUCUUCUAGUUUAAAUGUGGGUAAGUAUUUUAAAAGGAUGUCAGUGGCUUGCCUACAUUCUCAUUCAGCCUGAAGGCCUUCUUGUUGUUACAAAGGAAACAUUGCAAGAUCCAAUUUAAAAAACUCAAGACGUUGGGCUUUUCUUGUGGUACAGUGGGUUAAGGUUCUGGUGUUGUCACUGCCGAGGCCCAGUUUCCAUCCCUGGCCCAGGAACUUCCACAUGCUGUGGGUGUGGCCAAAAAGACCCUGCCAAAACAAAGCCCCCCAAAUUCCAAGAAAUGGCGUAUAAUAGAAUAAAUGGCUUUCUCCCAAACCCCUUGUACCACCACAGAGCUCCUCUAAUCUGAUGCUGGAAUGUCUCAGAACCACCUUUGAUUAGCUUGCUCUUAUUUUGCUUUUUUUGUUAAUUAAUUGCUCCCAGAUUAGCUGCAUAGGAACUUGGGUGUUGCUUUGAUGCCUACCGAGAUCUCUAUUCAGUUCUAGAAGCGAUUUUAUUUUGAAAGUCUUUACCUAUCAGUCUCAGCAGCUUCUGUCUGUUCAGGACAAACACACACCUCUCUGGGGCCUCUCACAGUGUUGGUGCUGCAGCUCCAUGCGGGGUAUGUAAUGGGCGAGGGGAGUCACAACUUGGGGUCCCCGUAGGCAGGUUUCCCGUCUUUCCAGACAUCUGCCUGCCUGUACAUGUAUUUUUAUUGACAUACACAGUUAGGGAAAUUAAAUAAAGCACAUUUUAAAAACUAUUUCAAGACCUAGAGAAAUACCUAAUUGUUUCUCUUUGUGUACAUCCAGAGUGAUGUUCCUGCAGCAAAAGACUAUUUCACAUUGGCUUCCUCCCCUCCCUUGAAAUUAAUCAAGUGCGGAUGCUGCGUUAACUUUCUCAGCUGGGAACCACCAGCCCACAGGACUCCAGGCUCAUGUGAUGUGCCGAGAGUUAAACACAGGGACCCCCGAGUAUGGAGGUGACAAGAAUAUUCAUAAAGUCAGGCUACGCGCGUCCCUGGAAGGGAAUACGGCAGCAGGCGGUGUUUCUCUGGUGCCCAUAAAACCAGAUCCACACGGCAGCUUGAUCUGUGGGUGAUGGGGAUUUUGCUGAUGAUUUUAAAAAUCAGGGCUAGUUUACUCUUAUUGUUUUUUGGGUAUUUUAGAAUAUACUUUUGCAUGUGGUUUUAAACUGUUGUGUCUCUAGCAGGAAUUAGAUUGAGUGCCAUCAUUUCUCUGGAGGUCACUUAGCCCCCACUUAACCAGCCCUCUCUGCUGUCACUUUGCGCAUUCAUGGUGACUUUUGGCAUGAGUUCAUUCUUACUUUUCCCGUGGGGCCUGGCGUGGGGUGGGGUCUCCUUGCAGCAAGGUAACGUGGGAAUGCAUAUGGCACAGGUGAGGUGUCCAUCAGUAACCUGAGGAAGUGGAAAGCCACCCACAGAUUCUCAAGGUAGCCUGUGAAAUCUUCUGUUUGUCUUUAAGAAGCUGAAUCAGGACAGAAGCCAAGAGUCACCGACAUCAUUGUCCUGCUUUUCAGUAGGUUCCGAGUUAGCAGCUUGUGUACCUGCAUCUAAAUGAGCGUUGUUAGCGUAUAAUAAGUCCCAUUCAUUCUCAUGCUUGAACUGAUGGCGGGUGACCCUACCAGAUAGAUUAAGUGCUCCUUGGCAGGCUCUGCUUCCCAGAGAGUCCACGUGGCUUUCCGUUGAAAUCGUCCUGAAAGGGGCACCCGCCUUUAGAGCAGCCCUGUAUCGGGAGCGUCGUCACGUGAGUGUCCUUUGGUGUGUUUUCAGAGUUGCAGGGUGACUCUGGGAGGGCAGAGAAGAAGCACUUGUUGGGUGUGAGGCCGUGGACCGAGUGCUUUUUGCGUGUCCUCACACGUCCUCUGCGUCCACAGGUAAAGUAGGGUUUGAAUUCUCAGACCCCAUUACAGGCGCGGGCAGCGGCAGCCGUGCGUGAGCGGCCUCGCGCCUCUUGCUAGAAAGCGGCAGAGCUGAGCUGCUGACCCUGCCCAGGGCAGCUCACUGCUCCUGGAAGCGCGCCAGGGCUCCUGCGGUUCCACCCCUGGCCCCAGGGCUGAGCUUGGUUUCCUGGCUUUUCUCCUCUGGUUCUAGGGUGGUAGGACUGCCCGGGAGCUGGCCCGCCCCUCGGUCAUUCGGGAACCUCGGUGGUCAGGAAUCGGAUCGGGACGUGUUGUGAGGCUUGGUCCCAUCCUGCCCUUGGACGUGUUGUGACCUGAGGCCUGGAAACCUCGCAGACUGGAGGCUGUGGGGGGGCUGCCCUUUCUGCCGGCAGUGGGGCGGUUUGCGCUCUGUCGUUGGCGCGGUGGCUUUCAGUGCCCUCCUUCCAGCCCGUCGCUGUCCUUUCCUCCUGAGAUACCAGUGCUUCAGGUGCCCAGAUUUCUGCACACCCGCUGGCCGCUAGAGCCAACUCACGCAGGUAGACACGCAGAGGUUGCCUGUUUCUUGUAUAGAACACCAGCCCGAAUAACUCCGGUUUUGCAGUUGGUCAGAGAAAAAGCUGGUGUGGCGUUUGCAGAUUUGUCCAGUGACCGGCGACAACUUCGCUUCUCAAGAACCAAAGAAUAGGGACUUUCCACUGUGGCCCAGUGGGUUAAGAACCUGACCUAGUGUCUGUGAAGAUGCAGGUUUGAUCCCUGGCCUUGCUUAGUGGGUUAAGGAUCUGGCCUUUCCAUGAGCUGUGGUGUAGGUUGCAGACGCGGCUUGGAUCUGGGGUUGCUGUAGCUGUGGUGUAGACCUUGACUGCAGCUCUGAUUCGACCCCUAGCCUGGGAACUUCCAUAUGCAGUGGGUGCAGCCCUUAAAAAACAAAAAGAAAAAAAACUAAGCAAAAACAAAAUAAAAACAAAACAAAAACCCCCAAAUCAAAAAAACUAAAGGUAGGCUUGACUGCUUUUAAAAUACAACGUGUAAUAUAUUCUGAACCAAUCCAAGGACCAGAAGACGAGGUGGUGGGAUUCUUGAGCAGUUCUGAUGACGUUAAGUAUUAGGUGGCUGCUUUAUUUGGACUGGAUUUUGAAUGUGCUCCAUUGUAUUAGGAAGUAUCACCGGCAUCUCCUUGCAAGUUUGGGAAUAUUUUCCCUGAGGAUGAUGCUGCAGGACACUGGGAUAUGAAUGUUGCUCACCUCAUUUGCCACAGUCUUGCCACGAGUACAAGGAGGCCAGCAACCCAUGUUUCAGCCCUUACCCGUGGGCGUGCAGCCCAGUGUGGGUGAUAACCUGCUUACGGCUCUGUUGUCUUCUGUGUGAGUUUGGUCCUAUAAGAAACGUGUAGAAUUUCAUGUCUGAUAGAUGAUACAUAAUUAAAAUAAAACAUGGAUGCAUGUGGCACUCUCCAUGAAAGCUGACCGUAGCUUUCCCAAAGGAGUCUUUUAAAUCGGAAAGCCCACCUGCCAAAUCCUACGUUCCCUGGGCUUUCUGUCUUUGACACAGGCUCCACCAGCAUUCUGCGUCACCAAGCACUAUUCUCGCAUUGUCAUUUAUCCCAAUGAGGUCCUAAUUAGUAAGGCUGGGAAGAGGGCAGAAAAGUGGGAGGAUGUUUGGACAGGGUCGAGAGUUCUGGGCAUGAGAAACCCGUCUUAGCAGGCCAGCUGUGUGUGCAGUUGAUCGUGUUUUAUGAAAGACGAACUAAAGAGAAGCCAAACAGGGCUGUUUGCAAGGAUCCCCGUGUGAGUACACGUCUCAGCCGGUGAUGGGCCAGGAGCAGCUGUUAUUUCAGCACAAAGCUGUUUUCAAAAUCAGAGCCACUCGCACUCCAAAAACCCUUACCGGUUAUGCCCGAGUCCCUUCGAUGUGCUCUGUGUAAAAACAUAGCGCCAGGAGAUGGGACGUGCCCUAUGAAUUAUCCCUUAUUUAUUAUCAUCCAGCCCUCCCUUUUCCAUCAUGCUUGAGAACUACGGGCUAGAGCAGUUCUUAAUACUCUAUUUAUUUUAGGGGAGGAAAAUGUUUUUCUUGAACCACCGCAUUCAUGCAGUACCAACUGCUGGCCGUUUCCCCAGCAUUUAAGGAAAUAUUGUUGCAAGGCUUUUAUGUUCUGCACUUCAAUCAGCCAGAGCCAGCAGUGUCCCAACAGAAGGACCCUCAGCAGACCGUUUUUAGCAUUUUGCUACAAUUAAACUCCUCUGGUUUUAGCCCUCAGGCAAUUUAGUACCUUUUUACAUAUGCACAUUAUGAACUUUUGACCAGGGUCUAACAGUCGUAUAUUAGAGCGCUGUUCUUGAAAGCAGGCUUAACAAGUUCCUCUGAGUAUUGCACUUGGAAGCCAGUUGUGGAAAAGGUAAUUGAAGCAACUUGCAGCGCGGCCAUUCAGAAGCUCAGCGAUGAUCCGAGCCAUCUCUCUCUGUCUCUCUCUCUCUUUCUCGCUGGCUCGCUCGCUCUCCUUUUUAUUUUUCCGCCCCCUCCUUGUUUCCUCUGGAAGCUCGUAGCAAGAGCUUUCAAAGUCCGUGAUUGAUCUUUUAUUCAGUAGCUAACGAGGGCUGUGAUUCUAUUAGUGCGCUACAAGGCAAGGGAACAGUGAUUUAAUGAAGUGUCUGGUGAGCCGGCCAUAGAUUUAUCCUGUUGUCGCUAAUUUGCAGGGCCGUGGCGAGCAGAAAGGAAACUGUGCUCGCACCGCUAUUAAGGAGGCAUUUCCUUGGUAAAUUGUUGUAAGGUCAGGUACAGUUAUCUCAGCCCCGGCAGUGCCUUCCCCCUCAGUGUCUGCAGAUGACAGCCUCCGUGCUGAGCGCGCGCUGGAGCGGAACCGGGAGAUCAGAGGUCCGUCUCCGAGUCGCCCUGAGCGGCGGCAGGAGCCGAUGAACUGCCAAGCAGGAGUAAUAGAGUCAUAAUUGGUGAUUAGAACUGGAAAGGUGCAAUAACAUCUUAAUACAAACUGGCGUAUGUUAUAGUUACUGUCAGUUGUUGUAAACUCUCCCCGCCGCCGCCUGGACCAGUUCCCUUCCCCUUGAUUAGCUCUGAGGAUGGAGGCAGCGGCUGCCAGGACGGCCAUGCCAAGAGCAUCCAAACCAUGACGGUGGCCCUAGGCCUCGCCCCGUCCUGGCUCUUUCUCUUGGGCACCAGCACUUGGCCCCCUUGGAAGCCGCCACGGUAACCUUUCCCCACGGGUCUGGGAGAACUGGCAUGUCACAGCUGGCCUCCAGUGUCCCUUCUCCCCAGGAGCAGGGACAUUUAUGCACCCUAGCUUGGAGGCUCUUUGGACUUGUAUUUGCCUUUGCAAAGGGGAGGUAUUUGCCUCGUGUCAGAUCCCUUUCCCACGGCAGUCCUGUGUUCACCGGAACAGAUUUGGUCUUGCUGUGCCAGGAGGAGCACAGGAAAGAAGAUAAAUACGCAACAUGAAAGGAAUUUGCAUUUGAGGUUGACAUUUUGCAGAACGCAGGGGGCUAUUUCAGGUGCAGUGCACCUGCUCGAGUGCCCUUGCAGGUAUGUGUAGGUGGUGGCCAUCCGUGGGAAAGGCUAAUUGAAGGAAUUCUUUUACGAGUCUUCAUGAAAUGCCAAGAUAGCUGAAAGGACAUCCCCUUAAAAAUCAAGGUGUCCAUUUGCAAAUUUCUGUGUGGCUGGAAAUUUUUGACACUCCAUUGUUAUUCUUUAAAUUCAUAGAAGAAGAAGCUCUCCAGCAUUGUCCAGAUGUGAUGAGUAGUAAGUAUUUGUGAUAAGUAUAGCUGGCUGGUCACUUGUUUGGUGUCAGGUGGGGUCAGACAGGGCCCAAUGAGAGGAGAUGAUGAGACAGUGUGUAUGGAUGCACUUCACAUCUGGCACAUAGCAGGUUCUCCACUCUUGUUUGCCUCCGUGGUUGUGGCAUCUAUUGGGCAAAGUCCUCCUGUCAGGUUUUCAGCCCCGUCUAUAAAACUUGGGCAGUUCUCAAGCUUACCUCACCCCAGUGCUGAUACGUGUUAGGGUUGUUGUUUGUGGUCAAGUGAAGAGUAUAAAUGGUGUUUUAUUAUAAUAGGGCUCUGUUUGCAAAUGAUCAUCUGGAUGAUGAAAAACAGCAAGUCAAACCUCCCAGUUUCUCAGUACAGACCUUUGGGCCUCAGGACAGUCGUGUUCAAUUUUGUAACGGUGGCGGGGCUGCCAUUUGAUUCGGUUUUUGGCCUGGUGAUCACAGCCUAGGACACACAGGCAGCGGCAUGUUGUAGAGGAUGCGAAGUUCGUGGGAGCACGUCCACACCAAUGGAGGCCUGGCUAGGGCUCUGGCUGAUCUGUCCUGGAGAGAUGUGGCCUGGGGAGGGCUCGCGUGCAAGGCUCAUUGCUCAGCAUGGCGGCUGCACUGGUAAGUGCAACAUUAAACACAAUUGAGAGGAAGGGAGGGAAGGAAGGAAGAGAGAAGGGUGGCGGGGAAGAGUAAGGGAGAGCGGGCGAGAGGAGUGGUCCAGAGAGAGGAGGCGCCUCCAGCUAGAGGGGGAGGAGGAAAGAGUUCACCGAGAGCAGAGCCCACGGUCCCUGCUGGAAUCUGUUGCGUGCUUACUGUGUGCCCACAUCUCGUGUAACUUAAUGACAAUCUCCAUUUCCUAGGUGAUAAAGCUGUAGGUUAGAAGCCAUAUCCGAGGCAGAGGCAGCAUUUGAACCCUGAUCUAUCUGCACUUCCUGCCUGUCUGUGGAUGCAGACGGGCAGUCCUCUCUCAGGCUGCUCCUGCCCUGUUCUUCCUGGGGCGGCCUCGUUUCUCUAACGGUCUGACAAUGGCAGGACCCCCCCACCCCUUACAUUUCUGUGCAGGCCUCCAUUCAGCUUUUGUGUUGGACACACAGACAACAGAUCCUCCAUUUGAGGUCAUGCUGGUGGACUAUAAAUAAGGAAAAUCAGGAGAAGGAGAAACAGAAUAAUACAAAUGCCCCUUUCUAAAGUGGAUGAGUGACCUGGGUUGGAAAUCAUGCUGAUUUUGACCUAUAAACUGCUCAGCCUACUGUGUGCUUUCCCUAAGUGGCCCUGAGGGAAGAUUCGUGAACGAACUCUCUGUUCUGUCCCAUGAGCCCACGCUCAGAGGUUGGGACAGUAUCCCUCCGUGAUGGACCUUUUUUCACUAACAGCUACAUGGACUCAUAACUGCCUAACCUAACAGGCUUUCCAGGAAUGGGUAAUAUUUUCCACUUAUACAACCUGUAUUGGUAAUAAACUCCCUGUAUGUUUAUGUUAAAAAAUUUUAUUGAAGUUGAUUUACAAUAUUUACAGAUGUGUAGCGAAGUAUAUAAGCAUUUAUAUACUUAUGUAUAUGUGUGUGUAUUUUCAGAUUAUUUUCCUUAAGUUAUUCCAAGAUAUUGAAUAUGGGUCACUGUGUCAUACAGUGCGUCCUUGUUGCUUACAUGUUUUUUGUUUAGAAGUUUGUAUCUUUUAUUUUUUUUUAUUUUUAUUUUUUUUUUGGUCUUUUGUCUUUUUUUUUGUUGUUGUUGUUGCUAUUUCUUGGGCCGCUCCCGCGGCAUAUGGAGGUUCCCAGGCUAGGGGUCCAAUCGGAGCUGUAGCUGCCAGCCUACGCCAGAGCCACAGCAACGCGGGAUCCGAGCCGCGUCUGCAACCUACACCACAGCUCACGGCAACGCCGGAUCGUUAACCCACUGAGCAAGGGCAGGGACCGAACCCGCAACCUCAUGGUUCCUAGUCGGAUUCGUUAACCACUGCGCCACGACGGGAACUCCUAGAAGUUUGUAUCUUUUAAUCACAUACUCUUCGUUUAUCCUUCUCCCCAUAAGCUCCCCAUUUAAAUAUUCCUUGCUAAAUAUUACCCAUUGUUAGCAGACACAGGUAGUGUCAUGACUUCGUUUUUUAAAGUAUUGGAUGUUUCAUGGAUUUAUUUUUCCUUUUUGAACAACUGCAGUGACAAUGUCAGGUCCUCAACCUGCCAUGCCACAGGGGAACUCCAGAGUUAACCAUUUUAAAGUAUGCACCUCAGUGACAUUUUAUUCACAGUAUUGUACAGUUCUAAAGCGGCAUCACUUCAUUCGGGAACCCCACAUGCAUGAGCAGUCAUUCGCUACCCCCCAGCUGCAGCUGCUGUCACCACAAACCUGCACUCUGUCUCUAUAGUUUCGCCUCUUCUGGAUAUUUCACAUAAAUGGACCCCUGUGCCAGGCGACCAUUUGUGUCUGAUGUGACAGCGUCUUUUAUUUGAAACAUACAUGGUGCCCAUCUGAAUGCAUCUCGGUUCUGGCAGUGUCAUCGCAGCAGCUCAGGUCGCUGCUGUGGCGCGGGUUCGGUUCCUGACCUGGGAAUUUCCACAUGCCAUGUGCACAGCCAAAAGAAAUAAAGAAUUAAAAUGGUGAGCUUGAGGACAUGUGAAUUUCACCUGAAAGAGCAAAGACACCUUGGCACGUGGUGCCUGUUAAGCCGUUCUUUCUUCUUCCACGCAUGCUGAGCCAUCUCAGGCUUAGUGCACGGGAGGACUUGAUUGGGCCGUGCGAUGCCCAGGUAAACAGAUCUCAGGAACCCACCCCCGCCCCGGGCCGGAGACACGCACUUCCCUGGUCAUUUCUCCACCACGCUAUUGAUCAGUUGUGUGUUCGCCUGUGUUAUUAAUAAUGUAUACCUUGAAAAAUCUAUAUGCAUUAUCGUCUUUGAUCUUGUCAUGAAUUUCAAAGCCAAGGAUUCCAUUUUCUGUUUUCUUUUUCUUUUUUUAAAACAAAAUUCGAAGAGGGAGAAUGCAAAUAGUUUGAAAACUUCUUUCUCCCCUUUCUAGUGGAGAAUUUCUUGCUGAUCUGCAUUGCCACUAGUGUGGGGUGUGUGUGUGCUUGUGUGUGAUACACACACACAUCCAGGUAUGUACACACACACACACACACGCACGCACGCAUAUUUUAAGGAGAGAAAUAGAAAACAGACAUUUGGUUCAAACUUACCCUGUUCUAGACGUGGGGAAUAUUUUAAUACGAGACAACAUAUCUUGUAGAUUAAAACAGAAAUUAAAGAUUUUAGACUAAGGCACCAUCAAAGCCUCUCUUUUCAUUGUUCUUUUAUUGUUUAUUGACUUCAGAAAGACUUUUGAGUUUAAACUGACUUUAAUGUCUCUUGAAUACUCUUUUGUAAAAUGACUUUGAAAACUCGGGGAUAAUGUCUUCAUUAAGUGGAGAAAAAUCUUGGGGAAAAAUAUCACUGUAAGUUGGUUUUCAUUAGAGUAGAAAGAGAUAAAGCUUUGCUUAAUUAAUGUCUGUUUUCCCUCUGUUCAGAAUUGUAAGGGAAAAAGGGGGCUGGAAUUAGUACUGAUAAAAGCUCGAAAUAGGCGUAGCAUAGAAACUUUUUUCCUCCUUUUCUUCGAAUUUAGAAGACCAUACCUCAUACAGCUCUGGAAACAGUAUUGGAAUAUUUUGGGCCCCCGGACUUUCUGUCUAUAAAAUGACUCAAAUACAGUGACACCAGGCUCCCUGACUCUUGCUGUCUUUGGCUUCAUUUUCUUUUUUUCUUUGUUUCCAACACUGCUUUAGAAAUCGAACAUCAAACAUUUGUGGGAGAGGCAUCUACUGAUAUCUUUUUAAUCUCCUUAAAAAAAAAAAAAUCCAUCCUCUCCCCGCUCCUUUCUCAGACACACUCGUCGGAACCCCGCUCCUUCAGAAGAUCUGGCUGAUCCUCCCAGCGGUCGUAUCCUUCUGACGGUACGUUGUUCAUAGCAGAAGGGAGAAUUGCAGGAUCGAGCACCACCCAGCCAAGCUCAAACCCCUCAUCUCUUGUUGGGACCCGGCCUCACCCGCGCUCCUCCCAGGCGAUGCACCUGCUCCUCCAUGGGGGAGGUGCCUGUCCCUCCCUCCUCGGAUUCCUCAGUGACGCUGCAGCCUCAUGGGGAGAGGAGACAGCGUGGUCAAGUGGGACGAGCACAGGGCUUGGCAUCAGACGGACCUGGCACACAUCCUGUGUCUGCACUGACCUAGGGCAGGCUCAGCCAGUGACAGUGAGACUCUCUGAGUCUCAGUGUCCUCAUCUGUGAAAUGGGGAUAACAGCACUUAUGUCAGAGUUUUGGAUGGGUCAGGUGGGGUGGGGUGCUGUUACUGUCCACAUUCUGAUUUUAGCACCCCCCUCCCCCCGUACUGCCACUUCAUGCUGCGUAACAACAGCUCCGUUCUGGCUCUUUCUUUUGAAGUAGCUGACACUUGAAAAGGCUUCUCUCUUUACCUUUUCUUUCCCAGAAAAGCAUAUUCAAGGGGACGGCUUUCAGUGCCAUGAUGUCUUACCCCUAACACUUCUGAGCGACUGCGCUGUCUCUGUCAUGUCCCUCGAUGGAUGGACAGGGGGAUUUUGCUUUAACUCUUGGGCAGUCCUGCCGGCCUGACACCUUUCAGGUGCUCACGUGCCGUGGGGUCAGCGGUUCCAGAGGGAGAGGUACAUACAUCCUGCGCGUUUUGAGUACCACAGAGCGCCCAGGUGUGUUAUGUAAACCCUCGGGGAUGUUUGUAUCCUCCACCGAGGAGGGUAAUUGAGCCUCCAAACCACCCACCAAGAUUUCUGCCUGUAAAAUAUUUAAGGGCUGGCACUGUAAAGCCAUUUGCAGUUUGUUUUCCAUCUAGGAGCAAGAGAACAGGGCAAGUAGCGCUGGGAGUACAUUCGAAAGCACCAGACUCUAAAGCUACAAAAGGCAUCACCUCACAAUAGCACUUGGCGAAGCGCUGAAGGCAAACAAAAAGUACACAGAAGAGGGACCAGGGCUCUGAAAUUGAGGUGACAGCGCUCCACAGUGCGCGUGAUGCUGGUGUUUAUAAAUCGCCCGUUCCGUGUGAAGCUGGGCGUUCCCUGGCAGUGUACCACGGAGCAUGCACAAGGGCUUUUGCAUAAAAAGGGUCUCACUAAGAGACGUGAAACACCGAACCUUCCAAGCCUAGCAGGUUGCCGAGGUGUCCCUGUCUCCCUCACACGGUGGGGAGGGUCUGUGGAGGCUGCUUCCGUGUGGACAUCCAGGCCGGACGUGCGGGCUUGUGUCUUUCCUCUCCUGGUUUGCAGACGUGUCGCCAGGCAUGCUUCUCCUGCUCCCCAAAGAGCCCCAGAAGCCAGGGCAAGGCAAUGCUGGGUGACACCAAGCGAUGCUCCCAAACAGAGCAGUACGUGUAAGCCGGGCUCGGAGCCAACAAGACGUGGCCGCGAUUCCCUGACAGACGUCUCGGUGUUAGAUUGCUGUAAAGGUGACGCCAGCUGCUGUAAGAGCAGUCAGCCCACACGGGCCCAGUGGUUCAAACAUGGUCCUGUGUUUUUCUCACUUAUGUGAGGCCCAAAGUGGUUCUUUGGGUUAGCAUGUAGCUCUUUUCCCAGUGACUUCUCAGGGAUCCCAGCUCUUUCCAUCCCGUGGUCCAGCCAUCUCCCAGCCUGGCUUCCAAGGCCAGCUUGGUUGUCCGCAUUGAGCUGGUGGACGAGGUGAGAACAUGGGGUGUCGUGUGUGGCGGUCUAGGGGUGGCGUCUGUCUGUGGCAGGCGAGAGGCCAGGACAUGCAGCCCAGCUGCGUGCCUGUGACGAAGGGGAAGCAGGUGGGGGAACCAGUAUGCAGCCUUUGCCCCGGCUGAGGUACUGUCGUCUAUCGCUUUUGAGUCCCUCUGGACUCCUUACCUGCCCCAUUCUUGAUGCUUGACUCUGGAGCGAGCUGGAGAUGAGUAAGCCAGCCUCCCUGUCCGCUCUGAUCUCAGCCUCUGGCGGCGACAGGACACUGUUCUUAUGUCUGCGGAGUCAGGGACUGUGGUCUCCCUUCCACUGCAGGGACUGGAAGGAUGAGUGUCAGCUGAGGGUGGCCACGUGACGGUCCUGGCCAGCAGCCACAGCAGAGAUGUGUCGCAGGCCUUCUUGGGGACCUCCUUGCUGGCCGGCUGUGGUUGAGCACCGGAGCUGGUGAAAUAUGUGUGGCCCUUGGGCCAAAUCUGCCUGUUUUUACGUGCGCUCUGAACCAAGAGUCCUUUUUACAUUUUUAAAUGGCUGGGAAAAUGUUAAAAGGAAAACAGCGCUUCGUGAUACAAGAAAACCAGAUGAAAUUUAAAUCUGAUUUUCCUUGAAGUUUUCUUGAAAGCCGGCCUGGCUCAUCCAUGGACGUGUUGUCUAUGCUGCAGCAGCAUCGUGGCAGAGUUGAGUCUUUGCAGCAGAUGAGCUGGGUCUUGGGAAGCUGACAUAGGUACUGACUGCCCUUUGCACACACAUUUGCCGACGUGCGGAGGUCCUUGCCCUUCAGGGACCAAGGUCGGAAUGUGUCCUUGUCUCGAGGGCUGACACGGCUCUCAUGGUUACUUUCGGGAAUUCUUUCUCUUCAACAUGUCUCCACGCCUGCCUUCCCUGACUCUUCCCUCCAGGUCUUUGCCAGCUACACAGGAAGGUGUUUGUUAGGGACCGACGGUUGCGACCAACCAAGAGAGUCACCUCCAAGUUUACUGAGCUGCCGUGGGGCCUAGCAGGCCGAGUCCUUGUCGCCUGCACACUGCCGCUGCCCUGCUCCGUAGUUAUGGCGUAAUUUAGGGACGAUGAGGGGAAAGUGGGCUCUCUCUUUCUGUUAAUUCCUUGGAGGAAGUUCUGUUCAGAACGAAUAGUCUCGAAAUGUGUAAUAAAGUUACCUAUCAAGACCACUUCUACAGAGAGAUUUAAAUGUGAUAAUAAGAAUAAAAGAAAAUGAAGUGACAUUGAGGGCGUCUUCUUUUAUAACAGCUCUUGGUCUUGGCUGUUAAACACACUGUAAAAUGACUUUUAUACAUUUAUGGAUUGAAAUGGUUCUGCUGAAAUUUUAAGUGUUAACAUUGUUCAAACUUCCAUUACCAACCCCUCUCACAUUUGCAGAGCGGUUUCCUGCUUGACUUUUCGAUCACACCAACCUGGGGCAUUUUGCACGGACGUUUUCCUUUCCUGUGGUGAAAGGUUCUGCUUGUUGAGAUUUCAGUACCUUCCCAUGGAGAGCCAGUUGUUUAUGGUUGCACAUCGAUAAACUGAUUGUCACAGAAAGUACUUUGCCAAGGAGGAGAAACCCUCAAUGUUUGAUUUGCCAGAUUGGUGCAGGUGGAAAAUGAAGUUACGCUUUGUUUCUGUUUUUUCAACCUCGUUUUUUUCUUUGCAGCUUUUGUUGUUUGCUUUUCCUUAAAGCUACUACGCUUCAGGCUCUGGCCAUCACCUCCAAACAAGCCUGUCACCCCACCAGCCCCAGGCAACCUCAGAUGUACUUUCUGUUUGUACCCAUUGGCCUCUCCAAUGAAUGGCAUCAAACAUGCGCUCCUUUGUGACUGGCUUCUUUCCCUGAGCCUCGUGGUUUCAAGGGACCCCAGCUCAUGUUUCAGCUCCUUGCUUGUUAUUUCUUUCUUGUAAAUGGAAGCUUUCAAAGGAAGAGUAAAUGUGUAUACAGACCUAUCUAACCUAUCCGAGGACCCUGGUUCCACUGGGUUCAUCUUUGUGGUCAGCACCACAGCUGGCAGUGCCUGGCACAUCACAGGUGUUUUGCAGUACUUGCCAGGUACACAUACACGAAUGCUUGACUGAUAGGCCGGUGCUGGGCCCUCGGCCCUAAAACCUCCUUCAGCUCCACUGUAGGCACGUCCAAAGGAAGGGUCAGCCUGGGAUGGGCCUGGCCCGGGAUCGUGCUGCAGAAAUGCUGCACACGGUGUGAACACCCACUGUCUCAGGCGUAGAAAGUGCCCCUUCCUCUCACCGCUGCUCUUAGUUUUCAUCUUCUCCACACGGCGCAUCAGGAGCCGAGACCUCCCGGUGCUUCUCCUGGCUCUCCGGUUACCCAGCUGUCUCAGCACCUUCUUAAAGCAUUACCUUUGGUGAGAGGCAGGCGGAUACAUUUGGAUUUGUAAAUACGUUUGCUUAUUUCUUUUCCUGAAGAAGCGUAAGGCGCUGCUGUGUUAGAACGUCGUCCUUGCUGUGGUUUAGGUCUGCGUUUACAAGACUGACUUGGGUCGAAGAUAUAACUUGAGCUCUGAUGUUCAUUUUGAUGGACCCAAAGUACUGACCCUACUUUUCAGAAACGAGCACUUUUUAAGUAAAAAAGUCCGAGAAAGAGGGAGUGAAGAAUAUUUCUCGUAUUCCUUUAUUAUUCAGAUGGGCGGAGUUCAGAAUCAGAACUACCCAGGUCCUGUCUGUCCUUCACUCUUCCCAGAGCUUCCCCCGACGUGAUGGUGGUUGUCCCGUUUGCCAGGAGUGGCCCAUGGAAACCUGUCCCGUGUUUUGGUCCUUACCAGUCCAGGCAAAUCUUGGCCGUGAGUGUACUUACUGGAUAGAAUUGGAGCCUCCGCUUUCAUUUCCCUUUCAAGACCUGUCCCUCAUUAUCACCGAGGAUGGAAAGUCGGCUUAAGUUAGAGCUCGCUAAUUGCUUCCUUCCUUGAAGACCUAAAUGAGUUUUAAAGUGAAGCGCAUAUCUCCCGGCGCUAAGUAGCCAACACGCAGAGGCGAUGGAGACAGGGAAGACUGACUUAGGAAAGGUUCUUUCUUCUUUUUUUUCCCUCCUUCUCCUCCCUCCCUCCCUCUCUUCUUUCCUUCUCUGUCUUGUCUUUUGUUUCCUCCUCUCUGUCUUCCUCCCUUUGUCUUUUUCCUCCUUUCAUUUAAUCUUUAGAAAUACAAUGGGGUCACGCCCUGGGCUUUGGCUCAUAAUUAAAUCAAUUAUUUGUACAUUUAACACCGUCUUGAAUUACUAGGUGAUGGUCUUAGGCCCUCUGAAGUCUAAGAGCCCUUGAAAGCAAUAUCCCAGCAUAGAUAUUCCGUAGCACGUCUUACAAUCUAAAUAUUGCUUUUAGUGUAAUCGAAGCAGCAAGGGUAGUCACAGCAGUUGAUGGACUAUUUUUCAAAUUGAUUUCAAAAAUGUAUUUAAGGGGAUGAUCUUCUAGUCUAGAUUACCUAUUGAUUUUUAAUAUGAAAAGCUCAUUAUGUAAGCAGUAACUGCAUAUAAAAACCUAGCAAACCUUUGCAUAAAUCCUUUAAUUGAAUUUCCAGAGCCUGUGGUUCUACUUUUUUUUUAAUUAAAUCUAUUUCUUUUUUUAAGUGUUACUGUGUAAUUUGCAUGCUGUGAAGAGGCCCUGUCCCAGAUAAAGUGCCAUUGAUCCUUAUUAAACCUCACCUCUGGGCUUGCUUAAAACUAACUGGAAAAAUUAAAGUGUUCAUGCCGCAAUGCACUUAUAGCUUGUGUGAUAGGAUUAUGGAAAAAAUAAUAAAACUAAUUUCCAGGAGAGAAUUUAUAAUGUGAGAUUUUAUUUUUUUCAAUUUGAUAAUUAAUAGUGAAAUCAUAUCGUAUAUAUAAAUCAUAGUGCAGCCUAUAAACUGAAAUGGCAAUUAGGAAAGAUAAUAUAUACUUGAUGUAAAACCAUCAUGUUACGUGCGGAUAAUCUUUUGGCACUUUAAUUUUUUAAUUGUAGUAGGAAUAGAUUAUGAAUUCAAGUCGAACACAUUAAAUGGUGGGUUUCCUUUGAAAAAUCCGGUUCUUUUACUGUGCACUACAUUCGUAGAUUUUUAAUUUUAAUGUGAGGAAGUAUAAAAGAUACAGAGAAAGAUAUUCUGGUUAUGUUCAUGCUCCAAUGUAUCUAUUAGAAUUACCAGGGGAAGCAAAAAUAUAAAAGCUGCAAUAGGUUUUUCUAUUUUUUAAUACCCAACAUUUGUUAUUUUAAAAGCAAUAAAAUCCCCUAAAGAAAUAUUCAUAAUCAAUAAGAACACAAAAUAUGGAAUAUAUUAACUGAGUUAUAAAAAUGUUUGUAGUAUAGCACAAAAUGAAAAACACAGCAAGUUAUGUAGGGUUUAAAGUGUAAUCAAUUUUGAGGUUGUAUACAAGGAUAUAAAUGAUAAACACAAGUAGUAGCAUUUUUAGUAAAGGCUGUUGCAAAAUACUAUAUUUAUGGCCUAUUCCAUUCUUUUUAUAGCUCAUUAAUGUAGAAAACAAACAUAGUGUAUCCAUCUUCUCAGACAGCUUAAAAUUCCCUUAAAUGAUAUUUUUAAAUGGGAACACGGAGCUCCUUUGAUCUGCUGCUUCUUUCAAGAAGCAUGAGUUAGUUGGAGCAGGCAGGUACACCAGGGGCCUUUUGCAGACUCUGGAAAGAGAGAGAGUUGAUGGUGGUGAAUUGCCCUCCCUCCAUGAACAGGGGGCCAAGUCUAACCCUUUUACACAGGGUUCAGCAGCAUCCCCCUCCUCUUACAGGGCUCCAUGCCUCCCCAGCCAACCCCCCUCCCCCACACCUCAAGAAGAACCUUCACACCUUGGGAAGCUGCAUUAAUUCUUCCGGACCACAAGGGGGCUGUUGAGUUACUGGUUCACUGCCCUGGCUGGCAGGAGAGUUUUAAUGCUGGUUCCAGAGGUGCUUAAUUUCCGGUGGCACCUAUGAAUAUGCAUGCAGUGUGUGCUCAGCAGUCUAGCAGUUCAAACUAGACAGCUGCUUCUGGUCCUGAGUUGGGUUUGUUGGUUUUUUCUCUUUUUCCUUUUCUCUCUCUCUCUCUCUCCUUCCUUGGACCAGCCCUUUCUGUCAUGGAAUUUCAUUAACUUGUUUCCAGUAUUUCAUUUAGUUUUGAUGUUUCCAUCAUGGCCUCUUUUGUGCCUUUCAUUUUGGGGUUCUAUAGAAGUCCCUGGACUCUUAGGAUCUAUGGGGCAGAGUUCCAUGGCUCUAGGAGUCACAACCUGGGAUAUUCAGCCUUCCUUAAAACAUAAGUAGAAUUUAGCCAUGCUCUAAUGGAAGAGUGUUUGGAAAAGAAAGGAAAUACUCUCUUGGUCAGAAGGGCAAAGCUUUGGAACUGUUUCCUUUCUCUCUGUCUGGGUCAGCAAACAGUCCAGCCCUGUAGAACUCCCCCACCCAUUCACCUACCCAUCAAUUCGGCCACCCAGUGUGUACCAAGUACCUACUGUGUGUUAGGCAGCACUUCAGACAUUAAGGACGUGAAUCUGCAAUUGCAUCCAUCAUUGCCUUCAAGAAUCUCCUUAUCUAGUUGGAAAGCCAAAGACAUUUGCAAGUGACAUUAACAAGUAGAAGCAAACCCCUAACUCAGCCUUGGGUUAGAGACCUAACUGCCUUGGGUUAACUCAACCAGGGUUUGUAACAUUCAUUAAAAUGUUGAAAUUUUCUUUUUUUACACAUGACUGUAGUUUACUUGGACUGUGUUAUUGACAAAACUAGUGCUAUUGGUGGUAAAUACUAUGGAACUGACUACUAUGAAGAAUAUGGUUUUAGAUUGAGGUCUCUUUGGGUCAUUAUCAUAUAAAAGAAGAUAUACUUCGUGGUGAAAAUGGUGCUAAGAUGCAUCACAGUCUCUGGGAUAAAUCGGCAUUGGUCUGGUUGUUCCCAAGGAAUCCGAUGGCCUUGACAUAGGGAGAGUUGGCACAGAAGCCCAUCUGUAGAAUGUGGGCAGUCCUUUGCAAGUUGAGGCCAGGGACCAGAUCACCAAAUACAGCAGUAUAAGGAUCUGGCCUGGGAGCUUGGACAGGGGUCAGAGGCAGGAUUUAGAAUUCCUUGAGCCAAGACUCAAGACCCAAGAUUCCAGAGCCAAGCAAAGCUAGGAAAAACCCAGCCAGCACAAAUGAGAGGCCUCCAGGACUGCUGACGCAGUAGGACCCCCAGUCACUACCCCUUCCUGAGGACAGUACAGCCAGUGAUUAAGAAAACAGAGCAUCUAAGAGGCAAGACCUUAAAGGCUAAAGGUGAUGGAUCUCUUGGCUUCAGAGCCCAGAAGCAAGCUUGCUUGAGUUCAUCAAAGUAGCCUUACCUUCUCUGAGGCACAUUGAUGGAUUGCAGAACUGCGCUUCAGCUUGUAGCCUCCAGCCUACACCAGAGCCACAGCAACACCAGGUCUGAGCCACAUCUGCAACUUACACCACACCUCACGGCAACCAGUGAGCAGAGGCCAGGGAUUGAACCCACGUCCUCAUGGAUGCUAGUUGAGUUCGUUAACUACGAGCCACAACGGGAACUCCAAGGUCCACACUCUAAACUGCUACAAGCUAUUGGCUCUCAGUUAAGAAAUUUCGCUCUUGACCCAGCCUUACUGAAACGCAUUGAUGCAGGUGCCCACUCCAGACCUCAGGAUGAGCAAGGCUUGCUGAAGUAAGACUGGCUGUUUCUUCAAGCAUCUCCAAGCAGGGCAUAUGAUGCUGUUGGGAUGGAAUCGUGGAUCAGAUGGCUCCAUAUCUUUUUGCAUCAUAAUUCCAUAAUCCGCACUAUUGAAACGGAAGUUGAAGGAGAUCACUUGUUUUUCUCAAUGUCAAAUAGCUCCACAUUAAAAAAAAAAAAAAACAACUAAUAUUUAUUGAAAAAUUUUUGGGGGCCUGCACCCCAGCAUGUGGAAGUUCCCGGGCCAGGGAUCCAAGCCAAGCCACUGCAGUGACAACACUGGAUCCUUAACCCGCUGCCCUGCAAGAGAAGUCCAAUUGAAUUCUCAUGGGCCUUGUGCUAAGUGCUUUUCACGUGAUUUCUAAUCUUCCAACCACUCUUGGUGUCCUCCCUAGUGUUAUCCACCAUCUUUAUAACGUGAAGAAACUGAGGCUCAGAGAUGUUAAGUCAUUGGUGGAGAGUCACACAGCUGGUCAGGGCAGAGGACUUACCAGCACCAUGACUGUUGGCCAGCCUUGCAUUGUAAGAGAGUCCAUGUUUGACUAAGAACGUGUGUUUCAUUUUUCUCAGAAGGACACUGUCUUAUCUGCCCGUUUUGCAGUGCCUAGGGCAUACGUGAGACAUGGCACAACCCAUUCAAAGAAGGAAGGAACAGUUGUUCAUAGGCGUUCCUGGAAGCGCAUCUGGCUUAGUGAGGGCUGUGCCGGCGGCCCGCUUGAGGAGGGAGUACGACAUUGGGUGCGGAGUUUGGGAAGGAGCCCAAGGUCUUGAGGGGCCCUGAAGCGUACUCUUCAUUUGCUUCAAGGUUGUGUCAAGGCUAAAUUUUCGCAGACCCAAACUGGUGGGGCCUCUCAUCAGUGUCAGUGGUCGUGUCUGAGGCUUUUCAUUCCAUUCUCUUUCUCUUUCUUUUUUUUUCCUCCAUGCACUCCAGUGUGGAAGCUCCUUCUACCGUUUGUUCUGGCAUUGAUGUCAUUUGAAAAGCACUCUGUUUUAUGCACGUUGCCCUCAGUAAGCCUGACCAGCCCCCGGGAAACGUGUCUCUGCUUUCAGGCACGUCCCCCAUCUCCAGACACACCUGUGACACGGGAGACUUUGAACGCGCUUUCUUUUCUGCCCACAUCUGGGUAAAUUUUUUUUUUUUUUGCAGUAGUUUCUUAAUGGUCUUUAGCAAAGGAAGUAAGUGACACUGAUCAGUGAAGGUGGACAGUAAGAUUUAUAAUGUAUUUGUGCUAGCUGAUUGCCAACAGUACUGGCCUCUCCCAGCGGUGCUGUACGCAGACUCAGAAAAUCAAUAGGGAUUAACCUCUGACCCCCUUCACAUACUUAUACUCUGGGCUGCAUCGCUUACCAAUAUUUCAUCGGCUUCUCUUAGCUGCUGUUACUUACUCAGUAAUGUGUGGCCGAUCUUGCAAGAUACUAAUUAAUUUUUUAAAAUGCAGCAUCACUUGAAGCUGUGAUAAAAUAUCACACCUUUGGAAAUCAAGACCCCUUUUGGCUUUUUAUUAAACUCACAUUAAUUAGCCUUAAUUUAAAAAAAUGGGAAAGGACAGCGCUAAAACUCGAGGGUUUGCUUGGCUCACAGCCCUCCCUCCGCUUUGUGGCUGACAGUGGUGGGUGGGUGGGGUGGGGGGGAAGCCUCUGUGGCUCUAACAGAACAGGUGUCCCCUGGUGUCUGAGUUGGAACCUGGACUUCCUUUCAGGAAAAUUGCUAAUCUUUUAGAUGCACUUUUGCCUUUUUUUUUUUUUUUUCUUUUUUGUUGAAGGGACAUUUCUAGCUAUAUGGAUAAAUAUAGUACCUUGCAAUGAAAUGAACCCCAAGGCAUCAUUCUUGAAGAAAUCAAAAUUAACUUGAAUCCACAAUCUAUUUGCAAAAGUAUGCAAACAUUUGUAUAAACACGUGUUCGUAUAAACUGCUGUUAAUUAUUAUUACUGUAUGAGUUGGGAAAAGAGCCCAAUUUGCAGUAUUGCACAUUUUUUUAAACCUUUCCCUUUAAGCUUGGCAUAUAUUACACUGUUCUACAUUUGUCUUAAAAAUUGAAAUGGUUGUAGAUUUCUUUCAUCCAAGACCCUUUUGUUUGCAGAUUUUUUUUUUUUUUUUUUUGCAAGUAUGCCUAUUCCCCAGAGUUUACUUACAGUUUCCUAUUGAUCCAGCAGCUGGUAUUUGAAUUGGUCGAUGUACUCUCCAACUUGUUUAAGAUACCCUACCUGAGCUAUUAGUUUAAAUAAUGUAUUCAUAAAUUGAUUAAUCAUUACAGUAAGACUUAUUAGCUGCAUUUAUAUCUGCAUGUUAUCCACAAUUGACUUGUACUCUAAUAAUCGCGCAUGCUUAAGCAGAAGUUGGGCUUUACAUGAGAAUUUAGUAAUUACCGAGGUGGAAAGCAUGAGCGUUGGAGUGUCGCAGUCGAGCGGAUGCAGGGCUUUAAAGUGGGGCUCACCGAGCAGAUUGCUGCUUUUACAUUUCCUAGGUAAAACAGACAGCUCUUCCUCCCAGAAUGAAAUCGAGGAUGUGGGCCAAGUGCUCUCGGCCUCGGAGAAGUGAUGGAGUUUGCCAGAGCUCUCCAGGCACCAUGGUUCUGGAAGAUGGGUAGGGGCGGAGGAAGGAGACUAGGGAGGGAUGGUUCCUCUGUGUCCAUUUCCUUAAAAGCUGCAUCCGUGGGGCCAGUGGGCUGGUGUCCUUUCCACCGGGUCUUCAGGGUGUACACACACCACAAAGCUCACAUACCAGGGAGGGCACGCUCCCUCUUACCGCCAGUGACCCUGGCAGACCCAGGACAGACGUGUAAAGCAGCAGCCGUGUCAUGCUGCCUGGGUAGCAAGCCUGCCCCACGAAGCAUCCCUGGACAUGCGGCCCUUCCUCGAGGGCUCCCAAGCGGAAAGGAAACGCUUCAGCUGCACACAAGGCUUAGGGCUACAUGUGCUUUUUUUUUCUUUUGUUAACUAUUUUUAAGAGCAGUUUUAGAUUCACAGCAAAACCGACCAGAAAGUACAGUUCCUGUGUCUCCUCAUCCCCACACACGCCCCACAUCCCCUGGCUUCAUAUCUGUAACCAAGCUGCUGCGUUGCAGUUAAAACAGUGCUUUAGUGGUGGCGCUGAAAUGCUGGUUUGGCACCGGCCAGCCUAGUCCCGAUUUUGAACUCCUGGGGAAGCGCCUUUUUGAGUUUCUUCCCAGGGUUGGGGAGCCCUCAGCAUCUUGCCCCUUCCUUACCCCCACUUGGUUGGAGGGUCAUUUUGCCCCCACCGCAUGAUUUCUCUACUUGAACCCCUGCUCUGCAAACAUUAUUCGAAACCCUGCUGCAUUCGCCUUCUCUGUGUCCUUGGGUAAUGCUGAGGCGGGGGCGGGCGCACCUGUGUCCAGCUGCCUUGAAAGCACGCCGCCCGAACUGGGAAGGGCACGUGGCCACCAGUGACCAGUGCUGCUACCCGUUUGGGGCGGCACCUUCUCAGGAGUGGGGGUACCGGCUCCAGAGGACAGAGCAGCCUGGCUGGCUGUGUCGCUUCUCCAAGUUGCCUCUCCCAGCGUGGGCUCCAGCCGUUACCAUUUCCGAGAGCAAACCUUGCCUCCACCGCUCCUCGCCGCUCUGACUUUGCCAACCUUAACUCACAACGUACCCGCGGAUCACUUUUCUGCAGAGGCCUAACGGGCUGGCCAGGAAGCCUCAGCAGAUAAAUUAUUUACAGUGUUUAAUUAUCAUCAUAUAGAUUUAUUAAACUUCUUGGUUACCUAGGAACCCAUGUAGCUGCUUCCCAGAGUUUGCUAAACUUUGAAUAAUAGAUGUCUUGUUCGAAGACAAAAUCCCUUUGUCCCUGCAGCUCCCGUCUCCACGAUGCCUGUGUGUGUGUGUGUGUCAUGGGCGGACUUGUUUGUGUGCCGGUAAACGGUUAACAACCGGCUCUUGGGGCGGACGACAAACUCCAGUUUGUAGUGUUUGCUGAUGAGUGCAGUGUAAAUACACACACCAUGGCCAGCAGGAAGGUAGGAAACGGAGUCAGGAUGGAAUGUACAGUCUUCUACUGUUUACGUAUGUUAAGUCUGAGUGUGUGUGAUUAUUUAUAUUAUAUAUGCAAAUACAUGUAUAUGUAAUAUUUCUACCCUGCAUAGUAUAAAUAUAGACAUAUAAAUAGUCUCAAGAGCACAGAUAAUAUACAAUUAUCAUACUAAAAAUCACGUGAAAAUUGUGUAAAUUUUAGUAAAUCUAAUAAAAUUUAGCAAAAAAUGAGAUGUGCACUCCCAUUUCACUGAGUAUAUAUGAAAAAUAUAUAUACUAUUAUGUAUUUAUAUCAUAUAUAUAAGUAUAUAUAUAAUAUUUCCACUAUCCAGACACAGCAUAAAUACAGACGUAUAAAUGACCUCAGAGCAUAGUUCAUUUAAUUUUAAACAUACUAAAAUUAUUCACAAGUACUGGAUUUUGAGUUUCUCUUACCUUUGAUUUUGCUAUAGCUUAUUUUUUAAAUCAAAGCAUAGUCGAUUUACGACGUGUUAAUUUCUGCUGUACAGUGAAAAGUGCAUGUAUUCUUUUUCAUACUCGUUCCCGUCGUGGUUUCUCACAGGGUGCUGAGCGAAGCUCCCUGCGCCGCACAGCAGGGCCUUGUCGUUUAUCCACCUGAUACAUAGUAGUUGGCACCUGCGAGCCCCAAAGUCCGACUUCAUCCUUCCCCCACCUUCCCUUCCCCUUGGCAGCCGCAAGUCCCUUCUCUUCUGUGGCUUAUUUAAUGGUGAGUUUAUUUAAUUGAAUGUUUAAUAAUGAGUGUGUUCAUCAACCGGCUCAUAAAAUCCCUGGAAGCGUAGCUCUCUUGCGUUGGUCGGACAGGGCUGCAGCCCAGCACCAUGCUGCCAGCUUCCCGCUGCAUCCUGUGUUCAGAUGCACUUCAUGAUCUGUGACUCACUCAGCCUCACGGCUAAUAGGCCAUCUCUGCACAGUUUUCUGCUGGGGUGUGAUGAGCCGGUUGGCUUGCUGCUAAGUGUCCUCGACAGCAAGCAGACGCAUGUACCCUGGCUGGUGCAUCCCAGACAAUUCUGUUGUACUGAUAUUAAGGACAACAGUAUUUUGCCAGAAGCUAUAACGAGAUGAUUCUGUAACAACAGCAUGGUGACACCAGACUCUGUUUUGCAAUUUUCUUUAAUAUUUAUGCUGGAUAAAUAAUUUAUCUCUUUUCUUCUUCUUUUUUUUUUUUCAUCUCGGGUGUGUUGAUAUAGACAGGUGCUAGGUUUUCUGAAUGACUAAAGCAAGGAUUUGGUUAUUCCCUACCCCCUCCCCCCGCCCCCCAAAAAACAGAUGCGUCAGCAGAGUCGAGCCUCUGGGACUUGUUUCCACAGUCCUGCAUCCCAUCUACUAAUACGAGCUAAUCAGAUCCUUUAGGAUCAGCCCCACAUUUGAAGGGAGGCACCUACUGAAGUGACAUUUUUGCACGCAUUGUAACAUCAGAACCUUCGUAUGCCAUGGUGUUUGAAAACCCAAAAAGUCACGGCCCCUGUCAGUUGUCUAUUUGAAACUUAGUGUAGAUGUUCCUUCUAGUCCAGGGUUUCUUCACCCGGGAACUGUUGACAUUUGGUGCCAGGUCAUUCUCUGCUGAGUGCUCCGUCCUGUGUAUUAUAGGAUCCUCAGCAGCGUCGCUGGCCCCUGCUUGUCAGAGGCCAGCAGCAACUCCUGGACCCAAGAAGGCAUAAUGAAAAAGUGCAUCCAGGAGUUCCCAUUGUGGCUCAGUGGUUAAUGAACACAACUAGGAACCAUGAGGUUGUGGGUUUGAUCCCUGACCUUACUCAGUGGGUUAAGGAUCCAGCGCUGGCGUGAGCUGUGGUGUAGGUUGCAGACGUGGCUGAGAUCCUGCUUUGCUGUGGCUGUGGUGUAGGCCGGCGGCUACAGCUCUGAUUGGACCCCUAGCCUGGGAACCUCCAUAUGCCGCAGGUGUGGCCCUAGAAAAAGACCAAAAAAAAAAAAAAAAAGUGUAUCCAGAUAUUUCCAGGUGCCUUUGGAGGGGCAGAACUGCCUGAGGGUUAAGAACCAGCAUUCUGUUGCCGAGGUUCUUAACCACUUAAAUGUAUAGGAGGGAGUUCCCGGUGGCAUAGAGGGUUAAGGAUCUGGCACUGUCACUACAGUGGCUCAGGUUGCUGCUGUGGCGCAAGUUCAAUCCCUGGCCCAGGAACUUCCACAUGCUCCCGGUGUGACCAGAAAAAAAAAAAAAAAGUAGAGGAAAGGAAAAGCAGAGGCCCUCUCACUGUGUAUAGCUCUCUCUUUCCCUGGCUUCCAGGAAUGUUCAGUCCCCCAAAACACUGGAGUUGGGACUAAGGCAGCCUUAGCAGUUUCUGCCCAGGGGACGGAAGCAGGAGGGAGGAGAGCAGUUUUCCUGCCUGAGGACCACUGUCCUAUGUCCCCUGGGCUCCUGAGGAAGAAACGCAGCAUCAGAAAUGGGAUGUCCAGAGCGCAUCGAGCUGGGCCUUUUCUCUCUCCGGCUGCCACUUGCCGCGGGCACAGGCUCGUCUCUGAGCUGUGGGGCAGGUGUGUGUCUCCCUGGGGACUGGGCAGUGUGCUUGGAGAAGGCUUGAAAGGUGCCCCCCUGGCCCUGGCUGGGGAUGGAGGGGUGGGAGCGAUGGCUCUCUGUUUGGAGGGAAAUCUUUAUCACCACCGUCUGAGAAGCUGGUGCAGGAUGAGUUUCAGGGUUGCUCUGUGGACACUCCAAGCACCCCGCCGCCCCCCAGUCAGGUCUUUUACGCAGCUCUCCCCUCGGUGUCCUGCGUAUCCAGCCUAGGUAAAGGGCGGGCCCUGGAUCACGUUUAACCUUGUGUCAGGCUCCAUAGGGCUGGCGUGGAGCUUUUCCUGAGUUCUCUGCUGCAAACAUGGGGCUCCCCGAUUCGCAGUUGGGUCUGCCCUUGGGACCCCUGAGCAUGUUCAGACAGAUCCCUGGUUGGCCUGGCCUUGCCCUGGCCCUAAGAUAGCUGACCCCCAGGCCUUUGGGGCUGCUGCGGUGGGUGAUGUCGGGCCCGGUGUCUUCGGAGGUGUCCGCCGAGACCGUGCGAGGGAAGGAGGGAGCCGCGAGAGUCAGGCAGACCUGGGUGGUUCUCUCUGGGCCACUUGGGAAUGUGUGGCCCUGGAGCAAAUGACCUCGCCUCUCUGAGUCUUCGUUUCCUUGCCUGGGAAUCGGACACGGUGGUGUCGCCACAGCAAAGGAGUGGGGUACUCGCAUUCACUGCCGAGCCCCGAGCAUCUUUCUCAGCUCGCUUGUAGAGUAAGGCUUCGGUGAGGCCUGUCUGUUGUCACUGUCCUCUUACAGGCAUUGCCUCAAAGAACGGCCCUUAGCUGCCCUGUCCCCUCCUGCCUGCAGGGCAUCAGGGUACCCAGUCCCUCGAGUACCUCCCUCCUGGAGGAGCAGACCCUUCACACACGGUUCGGGAGAUCCGUCGUCACCUGCCUCCCUUUCUGGCGGAGGUGAGAUUUUAUGCCAGGUACCGACAGAUCCAUAGUAAAAGCACCUCCCGUGAGGUGAUACUUAGGCGUCACCAGUCUGCCCGAGCCUCGGUGUCUCUGUCUGCAAAGUGAGUCUAACCAGGGCGGUGAUGUCACGUCCUGUCAAGUGAGGUGGACAGACAGACCUAAGAGCCCCCGUCCCCUCCGCAGCCCCAGGCUGGGGGAGGUCACUGGACGUGGACUAAGGGACUCCCCCCACAGGGGCUUUGCUCUCUCUUUACUCGGCAGACACCCCAGCUGAAGUCUUGCUCUGGGCACCAGCUAACAGACGUUUGAUUGUCUAGGAAAUGCCCUCUGAGAGAAAACUGCACGGAUGUUUGCAAUCUUUGUCGUCUUCUAACGACUUCUCCCUCGGACACAGCUUUCACGCCUGUGUGCGCCUGUUUACAAGUGCCGUACACAUUGGCAUGUGGAAACUGAAUUUGGACAAGCCUUGUGUUUCCAGAAGGGCCCAUCUCUGGUUCUCUGUGAUCUGAUGGUCUCACGCGCUCCAGGGUAAAAGAAGAGGAAGAAAUAACACCCAAGCCAGGGCUCUGAUGGGGACCAGGUGCCGCUGUGGGGUCUUGGCAGCAGCCACGGGGGAGCCUGGGAAUCCCGAGGACGGGUUGUCUGGUAUCUGAGCCUGCAGUUCUGGCAGGAGCCCUUGUCUCCCAAGCUGCCGAUAAGCAGAGGGUGUAGCCUUGGUGUGGGUAACAGUUGUUGGAGGAGGGGGCUGGCAGAUAGUCGGAUGAUUUUAAUGUUUAUAUUCCACUGGGGUAAGCUCUAACAAAGACCCAUCAUUUCCCAGAUAACCAAUUCUUUUAAAAGAACAUCUGUUGAAACCGGCAAUUUACAUUCUUCUUAAAAUACGGAGCGACAUAAUUAACCCUCUGGGGAGACUAAUAUUAGUUUAUUAGAGACAGUUUCUAGUUCUGUUUAUUUUUAUGCUAAACGAUUUGUUCAGAUUGGAAAAAAAUUAUUUUUUUGGUUGUGAUGUAGGACUCUCCUUUAUUUGGGGCCAACUUUUCCUCACCAAGAACCCGCAGGGGUGAAGAGCAAGGUGACGCUACAGGGUCCUGACGAUCGACCAUCAUGCACCGAGAGCAGCGUGAGGAAAGGGCUCGAAGCUGUUUGAUGUUGGAAUGAUUUGGCCUUGCACUCACUUUCGGGUGGAAAUAGCUGAUUUUAAAGGGAGCUGAUCUGUCCUCGACAUACGUGUGUGUGCAUGUGUGUCCGUGGUUCCCUUGGUUGUCCGUCGUCGCACUGGCCUCCUCUGGCACCCGCUCGUGGUGCCAUCCUCUUGUGCUCUUGGCCUCGGCCCCUGUGCACCGAUUAGCAUUUUGCCGGGAAGGUCAGGAGCACGCACCGUUUCCAGCCUUGGACUGAUGGCAGACCUCCGGCUUAGCGCAGAGGCUGCGGGGAACGCGGUCCCGCUCUCUGCCCAGACGUCCGUCUUUUGCAUCGGAGAGCACGCCCACCCGAGCAUCAGCCGCGUUGCCCUCUGUCUCGUAUGCUCUCUUCCCCGUGGUGACUCUUCAGACGUGGGGAUUCCGUUGGCAGGUGACACCCCCCUUCUCUCCGAGAAGGAAAGGGCUCCGAGAACCUUCCCCAUUGCCGUUUGCUCUCCUGCAAAAGAAGACUCCUUAGCAGGAGCUCGUAAAAGAGAAGCAGCAGUGAUUUCCUUCGAGAGUCGUGGCCCAGCCAGCCAUGACUCCAGCCUCCCUUCCUUCCCCUUCCCUUCCUGGGGCAACUUCAAGUUCAGCCAAACGGAUCUGAGCCACCAGCCUGCACCCUCGGUGCCAGCUUUGUCAUCUCCUCAGGCUCCCCCUCCUGUCCUGGGCUCACUGGUCUGUUGGCAAACUGCUCUUCAUUCUUCAGAACCCAGCUCUUGGUGUCAUCUCUUCCGUGAAGCCCUCCCAGAUUGCUCCUCACUGAGACAGCUUCACCCCCUUGCUCGACACUCUGGCAGCUUCUGUACUGUGAUUGUUCAGUUACGCAGUCAUCGUCCCUCUUGGAUGGUGUGCUUCUUGGGAAGAGGACCGUGUUUUAUUCUGUUCCCAACACUGGCCUGUCGCCUAAUAGGUGCUCUGUGAACAGUGGUGGAUGUCAUUCUCUUCCUUCCCUCCUGCUGCUCUGCAUUUAGGACCUAGUGGCCUUAGGUGUCUUGUUUUUUUGGUGACCUAUGAGAGGGUGCAUUUGAUGUGGGUGGGGUGAUUGCAAAAUCCAAUCAAAAUGGGAAUUGCUGACUCACACCUGGACUUUCUUUAUUUGCAGCUGGAAGAUAAGAGCUGCAUUUGAAACCCCUGGAGAAAACUUGAGUCUAUGAAGCUGUUUCAAAUAACAGUCAUUUGGGGAUUUGAGGAUUGGGGGGGCGAGGGUGGGAAAUGGCUGGGAACAGAUGCCUCUGGAGACCCAAGCGUCCCCCCGACCAUUGCACCUCCAUCUCAUUCCUCUCCACCCUUAGUUACCACUGUGCGGCUGACCAGUGUGUUCGCCUGGCUCCCUCCCCCCAACUGAAAUGCCCCAAGCCCUGUGGGUGGCGCCUCUCCAAGUGUGGCCAGUAGGGGGCGGGAGUACACUUGCCCUGGUUCUCUAGAUCUCCGAGACCUGGCAUCUCCCUCGAAGAUCCCUGGCCGGCUGCUUUCAGGUAACAGUUGAUGAACACCCAGAAGUGGCAUUUCCACCGGGAGGGAAGCAGAUGGUUCCAUCAGGUGACAGUGAUGUGUGUACAGCUGAUGGGGAGCCGGGGUGGGGGGUGGGGCUUGAAACAAAGGCCGGUAGGGAUGGAGGGAGGUCUGUGUCAUCAGCCACCCAGUCAGAAAGGUGUGUGUGCUUUCACAAUGAAUUGUUUACUUGCUCUGGUGAGGGGCCAUUUGACUCACAGCAUGGUCCCCUGGAGGACCCCCCCCAGGCGACUCUUUAGCAACAAGCCCAUUCCUGUGACUUCCUAGCCUCACUUUUGUCAUCAUACAGCCCACCUGACCAUGUAUUAACUCACAUGUGGUCAACAUCCAGUCCGUAUCAGUUGAUUGUGUGUGUGUCAGAGCAUUUUUACAUCUAGAACCACGACAGUGAACAAGCGUUGAGCUCUGACCUUGAGGACAGAGCCCAGGGCCUGCCACUAGGAGGUGUUCACAGAAUCCGUAUUGCUCUUGUCUCCCAAGUGCGACUGGAUUUGUGUUGAAAUUUUCUUUAUUUUUGGCUAAGGGACGUUUUAUGGUUGUGCUGUGUCUUGGAUAAUUUGUAGCAGCUUAGAGUUAUAAUUCUGAGAGAAUAUGCAUCCUCAUAUCCAAAUGUGGGUUUUUUCCCUGCUUAAUUUAUAGUUUUUUUGGACAAAUUACCAGGAGCCUUAUCCCUCAGUGUAUCCCUGACACAGAGUACCUGUGCACCAUUAGGUAUGGGAAUGGUGAGUACUCAGCGUGCAUGCAUCUAUUCCCUAGUCCUGUGACCAUGGCAGGCAUCACUAAUCAAUCAGAACCAUGCUCAGCACACACUGCUCCAAGGAGCCAUUACUCAUCGUCUGGGGUUGGUGCAGGCGAUACUCUUUUUCUGCCAUCCUAGGAAAGUGCUGUUUUGAUAAAAGCGUCAUAGUUCCUCCUGCAGAGGGCAUACUGGCUUCCUGUGUGGCAGUCACACCUUUGGGAAUCUUAUGCCUAGUAAUGUGCUGCUGUCAGAGCUGGGCCCUCCUCCUGGGAGAAGGCUGGAAGCACUUAGAGCCAGUUCCCUAAAGGAAUAAUAAAUGUUUCCGAGUUCCGUCUGCUGGAGCUGCAUAAGAAAAGGUGCUACGUUAAGAAUUUGUAUGUUGGAGUUCCUGUUGUAGCUCAGCAGGUUACAAACCCAGCUAGUAUCCAUGAGGAUGCAGGUUCGAUCCCUAGCUUUGCUCAUUGGGUUGAGGAUCUGGCAUUGUCAUGAGCUGUGGUGUAGGUUGAAGGCGUGGUUCGGAUCCCACGUUGCUGGGGCUGUGGUGUAGGCCGGCAGCUGCCCCUUGACUUGACACCUAGCCUGGACACUUCCGUAUGCCGCAGGGGGAGCCCUAAAAAGAAAUAUGAAUGAAUAAAUAAAUAAAUAAAUAAAUAAAUAAAUAAAAUAAUGUGUAUGUUAAGACAGGUGCUUAGCAUCAUUCUGGUCUAGAAGCUUCCCUGGGACAGAGAGGAUUCACUGCAAGAUGCAUUGCAGUGGCAGUUACCCAGUUGAUAGGUAUGAUUUGAUUUAUACACACAAAGUUGCAGAAACCUGUGUUUACUUGUAUGGAUGAUUCAUGUAUGUCUGUUACUCCCUUUCACAGCAGAGAAGAGCAGUUACAUUUGGUCGCCCUAGGCUCCUAGGGUAUGAGCGUAUUUAAAGAGUAUCAUUCAUCUCCUAAGCUCUGCUUAAUGACAUGACCACAAAAACAAUGUAAUGAGUAUAGCUAAUACCUGCUUAGCGCUUGCUCUGUACUUAUAUGUGUAUCGGUUGAUCAUACACGGCGUUCCACGUGCUUUACAUACUGCGAUGCCUCUGCCUCGUUCUGUUCUCUCUUGAGAUGUGAGAAAAGCGAGACAUGGAGAAGCACCCUGGCCGGGAGCAUCGGCUGCCAGAGUCUCUGGCCCUCCGUAGUCUGUGUUCUUCCCACCGCAUUUGAUGCGGGACCGUCCCAACGUUUCCCCCCAUUUGGACGGAGUGCCCGAGACGUGUCCUUCCUGAGCAGGGCAGGGGUUCUGGACUCUGACGAGCAGAAGAUAACAGACUUGGGACACAGAGCCUUAGAGGAGGGCUGGACCUCAAAGGGAUGUUGGCUCGUGCACUUGGGAUGGGUCAGUAAAUAAACCUGAACCAGACACAAAGCAUCAAGCACGCAAAAGGACAUAGAACCAGCAACCCAUCGCUUGGUGCCUCCUGAAAAUGCCCUGGUCGGCAGCGCUGCGAGGCCCCUUCUGAUGCAGAGGCCGAGCAUGUUUGGUGAAGCCUCACACAGGUGCUUUGACCGGAAGCUCUCUGUCUCCUGGGCCCGCAUGGCCGCGGCCUAAUGGACUGUACGUCAGUGGCUUUUUGAGGAAAAGAAAUCGAAGGCUUGGCCAUCGGUCCCUGAGUCAGCACAUUGAACUUUUGGUCAAUUAGCUCCUCCCCCAUCUUGAUGGCGAGGCCUUUCCUGUAAUUACCGACCAGAUCCUAUAGCCGGAGGAAGGCCUGUCAGUGGAAUGAGAGGCUCAUGUCCACCGCAGGGUGACAGCUGGCUCUGAGGGCUGUGGGCCUGUCCUUAGAGAGGCUUCUCAUUUCCUCUUUCGCUGCUCUGCCCCCACCCCAGUCUCCGCCAUCAGGUGGAGCAGGUGUCUCAUUCCGUGGCUGGACCCAGGGGGGUCAGGGCCCUCGGACAUGACGUCCUGCAAAGUAGAGAUGUUUCAUGGAUCUGCGUUGUUUUUAAUUAAGAAUCAUUUUCAGAACAUGCCCCUGUGUGCACACAGGAAAAGAUCUAGGAAGGCGUUUUCACCAGGCCUGACGUCUCGGGGUGGGGUUGGGCAGGACGUAAUGGACAGAGAGCUGUGUUUUACCUUGGAUCGGUCUCUCGUUGAUUUUCCUUCUUUUGAUUUUUUGGUAACCAUGGAUUAUUUUAUAAUUUCAAAUGAUUAUGUCAAAAGAGUCAAAAUCAGUAAACAUUUCUAAUUAUCAGAAAUUCCUGGAGUUCCCUGGUGGCCUUGUGGUUAAGGAUCUGGCAUUGUUACUGCUGUGGUUCAGGUUCAGUCCUCGGCCCGGGAACUGAUGUCAAGGGCACGGCCACGGACACGUCAAUACGUACGUGCACAGUGAUGAUGUCAUCGGUAACACCCUCUGGAAGGAGACUCGGUCAGGAAUGGUUCUGUGGGGAGCUGGCGCGGGGGGCGGGUGUCAGAGGCUGAGGCUGGGAGCAUUCCCUGUGUACCCUUCUCCUUGGCCUGAAGCAGCUGGCAGCCCCUGCUCGGGCUGGAGCCGUGGGGCUGGGGACCGUGAAGGUACUCGUGCUCCGGGAAGGGGGCUGGGUGCCCCUGUAACUGUGCACAUCCACACAGAAGGCCCGCCUUUUGCACGGUUAGCAGGUUUUCUUUCAGUGUCAUUCGGAAUUUGUUCCUUUCCAAGAUCUUUAUUUGUUUGUUUUUAAAAACUAGACUUUGUUUUUUUGGAGCAAUUUUAAGUCCCAAAAAGAUUGAGUGGAGGGUACAGAGAUUUCCCAUCUGCUCCCUGUCCCUGCCCCCGAGCAGCGCCUCCCUCACUUUGGACACCCCCCGCCAGGGGGUGCCCUUGUUACAGUCAUUGGGGUUGACUGUCGGUGUUGUACAUGCUGUGCAUUUGGACAGGUGUCCCCCCCGUGGUGCUGCAGCGAGUGGACUCGCGGCCCUAAGAUUCCUCUGUGCUCCCCUCUGCACCCCUCCCUCACCGCUCACCUCUGGCCCCCACUGAUUUUUUCACUGUCUGCACAGGCUCGCCUUUUCCAGAAUGUCAUAUGGCUGGAAUCACAGCUACAGUUAGGAGCCUUUGCGCAUUGGCUUCUUUUACUUAGAGAUACGGAUGUAGAUUUCCUCCCUGUCUUUUCACGGCUUCCCAACUUACUUCGUUUUAGCACCAGAUAGUACCCCGAGGUCUGGAUGGACCACAGGGUUUGUAUCCAUUCACCUGCUGGAGGGUAUUUUGGUUGCUUCCAAGUUUCGACAGUUAAGAAUGCGACUGCCGUAAACCCAUUUCUGCUGGGUUUUGUGUCGACAUAGGUUUUCACCUCAUUUGUGUCGACACUCAAGGGCACAGUGGCUGGAUGCUACGCCGAGAAUAUGUUCACCUCUGUCUUCGGAAGUACCUCACUGUCUCUGGAAAUGGCUGAGCCAUGUUGCCUUCCUUCCAGCUGCGAGUGAGGGUCCUGUGGCUGCACCACCUUGGCAGCAUUUGGUGUUGCCGGUGUUGCGGAUUGUAGUCCUUCUCAUAGCAUUUUAGUGGUCUCUUCUUGAUUUACCAAGAUUUGUUUUUAAUUGUAACUUUGAAGUAAGUACGUUUGGGAUGUCCUGUUGUGGUGUGCAGAAACGAACCCGCGUGGUAACUUCAAGGAUGCGGGUUUGGUCCCUGGCCUCGCCUAGCGGGUUGGGGAUCUGGCGUUGCUGUGAGCUGCGGUUGCCACGGCUCGGAUCUGGCAUUGCUGUGGCUGUGGCACAGGCUGGCAGCUGCAGCUCUGAUUCAGCCCCUAGCCUGGGAACUUCUGUAUGCCGCUGGUGCAGCCCUAAAAAGCGUAAUAAUAAUAAUAAUAAACACAUUUAUAUGAAAAUCCGAGGUAAAUGGAAAAAACUUAUUUACCUCCAAGUUAAGCAUGUCUCUGAGGAGUCUGGCAGUUUGGUAGUAACUGAAGCUAGAAUAUUCCACUGGUAACAUUUUACCGUAACUACUGGCCAUCAGGAGAGACCAGAGACUAAGGCCAUGGACUCUCAGUUCAUGUGCUUUAUGUUCGCGAGGCCAAGUGAUUUUAAACUAUGGGUCUGUUGAGGGUUAUACAAUGACAGUAACUGUUGAAGUGCUGAAUGGGCACUAGGAUGAUGGGUUUCUGAGUGGAAACAGUGGGUUUCUCAUGCUGUCCACAACACCUCAUCGCACGUGUACUGCGCUUGCUCGACUGAAUCUAAGCGUCGUGAUUAGACACUCCCCGUGGUGUGGGCACUGACACUACAUCAUAGGGACAGUUGCUGGGUCCAGAGACAUUGCUCUUGACUGUUUGCCAUGGGACGCACGACUUUUAUCUCAAAAAAAAAAAAAAAAAAAAAAAAGAGGUAGACUAUAUAUAGUGAAAAACAUAUUUUCAGGGAAUUUGAUAUUUUUAGGAAAUUAUCAAGGGUAUCAACAUAAAGGGAAUAAAAAAGACGUGGUACCUCGAGGUUUAUUGUCAUUGCUUUGUAAAUGUCAUGCUGUCACGGGUGGGGGUCCCUCUUGGGCUUGCAGAGCCUGUGGCAUAGGGGGCGAAGGCGGGGUGUCUCUGUCCCACUUCAGGGCAGGGUAUGCUGCAGGGACCGCUUUUGCAAACUUUGCAUGCCCUGCUCACAGAGUUAAUGACGGAGUCAGGCUCUUCCCGCCGAGGCGCAUGCCUCGUGUGUCACGCUGUCGCUGGCAGCGUCAGUGAUCCUGGGGCAGAGGAGAGGCUGCACACCCUGGGCUUAAAGGGCAGUGAGUGACCUGCAAAAACGAGGCGCUUCUGUGAUAAGAACAAUUCAGCAGGGACAACAUGCUGUCUCACUGCCUCAGUGAUGGAGCUCGGGUGUCUGCCAGUGGUGACCCCCGAUCCCUUUCUUCGAGGGGAACUCACGCUCCGUCGCCCGUCCACCAUCGGCGGCAGCGAGAGAGACGCGCAGCAGCGGUGGAGUGAAGACGGAAUAUCGCCCGCGCCGAAGGAAUCAUUCUGAGCACUUUUAGUCUAUUAAGUCUAUGAGGCUUCUUAAUAGUUUGGCUUAAGGCAAAAGUGAUUUUAUUCUAGUUUCAUCCUCGUUGAGUCAAUAAUUAACUUAACCAAGUUUGAUUAAAACUGAAUUUCACUAAGUAUGAAAACCAGCCAGACCUUUCUCCUUCCCCAGGUGACUUGACGUGCGUUCCUGUCUCUGAGCAGCUCAGGGUGUCUGGGGUGGGGGUGGGACUCGAGGCCCCAGCUUCAUGGCCGUGGCUCUGCCCCAGGGGAGGCGCCAGCACCGAGUUCCCUGUCCCCUGGCCUUGGUCCUGCAGGGCGGGCUGCUCCCACCCUGACUUCCCCCAGCCGGCCCCCAGCCCCUUCUGUUUUUAGUCCUCUUGGCUCCUGAUCCAUCUCUUGGCUCUUUGCUUUCCUUAACCUUCCUAAAGGACCAGGUGGGCUCAUGGGGAUGUCCUGUCCUUGGUGACCACAGAGGCUGAGGGUCGCUCCGCAGCUGCCUUUGGGUCCGCGUGCUGGGUUAAGGGAUGGGGGGUGGGGGUGCCUGCAUGGUGGCUCCGAGCUCCUUUCUGGCUCUUCUUCGACCCUUGCUCCUACCAUGUAGCAGUUGUCCAUGCCUUUCCCACUUCCCCACCAGGAUUCGCCUCUUCACGAAUGAGGACUGGGUUUUGUUUGUUCGUCUGUACUUUGAGUGCCCAGCAGAGGACUUGACACCCGCCACGGUAGACUGCACCCAUGGAAUGGCCUCGGGAAGAGAAUGAGCUCGAGGCCGUGUAGGUGCCCUUUCCUCUGGGUGUUGAGAACUGGAAUUUCAUGCCGUGGGGCUGGGCCCCUCCCUCACCGUUCAUCUUUAUGUGCUGUGAGUAGCCGUUCCUGCGUCUGGCUAGCUAGGGUGAAGUGGUGCCAGACCGCUUCCAUUUAGCGGCCUCCCUGCUCUGAGUCUUUAGGUAGGAGGUAGGAGAGGAAGAUGGGGAGAGAAGCUUUGAUUCUGCCCAAGGAGAACGGAAAGCAAAUCAAAACCGUGGAAGAGUUGAGCAGGCAAGCCUGGUCCCGAGCACCUGUUGAGGGUUUUGCUGUGUGAUGUCACCGCGAGAGGCACAGCUGGCCCCGCCGUCGCUUGCCUGCGGAGGGCUUCGCCGGCCUGCGUUUGCUGCUACCUACAGUCAGCGCAGGGCUCGUUGUGUGCGUGAGCGUGUGCGCAGCUGGGAAAGAUGGCCUUUAAAAAAACUGUCUGGAUUGCUUGGCAUUUGCCACGGGUGUUAAGUCUCCAUCCUGGUUGCCAAGAUUAAAUUGAAUUGUCCCCACAGCCGUUGGGUUUCAUGGCGCACGGCACGUAGGCGCCUUUUUGCACUGGGUUCUUCCGCUCUCCGAUCCUUCUUUCCCCGUUCAUCUACCCCUCUUCUUUCCUUAUGUACCCCACGCUCCUCACCGAGUUAGCCGUGGUACCAUUUCACCGCGUCUGGCAAACCAUGGCAGGGUGUGCCAGGCGUGCGCUGCUGGAGACCCCUGAGCAUUUGUGUAGUGACAGGAGUGGGCAGAUGCCUCACUCUCCCUUACAAGACGGGGGGCUCAUUUCGGGUGUUCUUGUGAUUUUUUCCCAGCCGCCUUCCAGCUGGACUGGCUUUUUUGGGGAACACGUGGACGUUUGUGUUAGAAGCUCCAGUCACAUCCUUCAAUCCCAAAGCUUUUUUUCCAUGGUGAAUUACACAGGCAGUGUUUUCCAAAAUUGUCAUUGAUCAGUACAGGCCCAGAGAGAACACUCUGGACAACCCCUGACGCCACACCUGCGACGAGUUGAUAGUUCCUGGCUCAAAGAAGUUCCAAGAGAAGGAAUUCAAAGCCAGCGUGUUUCUCUCUCUGGGCAUCGAGCAGUGCUGCACCACGCUCAGGUUCGCUGAUGUUUAGCUUGGACUCAAUCCCAGCCGGGGCAGCGGGCACAGCCUUGCUGGGUCAGAUGCGGGAGGCUUUUAUCCUCAAGUCUUCAACAGCGAAGAAUGUCGGGCCGGACAGAGGGUCAGCUGGGUACCAGCGAUUGAAGUUCUCAGUUACUGCCCACAGAAAUCUGAACUUGGAACACAAGCACCCUUCCUUCUGCACGGACCUUUUUUUUUGGUAUAAUGAAACCAUUUUUGGAAGAGUGCCUGCCUGUUAUGAAAAAGCAGGCAAGCUGGUUUGGAUAUCUUUGUUUGUGUAAACAUUUUGGUGUUAUUUGUGAAAAUGAUCAGAUGCUGGUGGGGCGGGCAGGCUGACCACGACUCCGCCUGCCACAGCUGCACAGAGGGUUUGUUUUUUUUUUUUUUUUUUUUUGAAACAUACGUGGGAGAUGGGGAAGAAAUCCACAGUAAAGACUUGGUACAAAAAGCCAUGCAGGCUGCCACUGUGCCCAGCUUUCCUUCCCAUUGUGCCCUGGCUUUCUUGCUGGCUCUCUCCCAAACAGGGAUCUCCUGCUUCAGCUGGACCCGCGGAUCACCUGGGAAAUUCUUUCAAAAGAGUGACGCUCCAGGCUAAUUGAAUCCAGAUCUCUGGUGGGCGAGGAUGAUGGGUUUUGUAGGGGAAGUGGGCGGUGUGGGCCGAAAACCCCGAAGUGCCCCCAUCUUUAGAUUUCGUGAUCUGGAUGGAGAGAGACUUCUUCCUCGAGUUUUGGGUAGAAGGUUUCUGGGGGUGUUGGAGCUGGGCCGCAUCCCCUUGGACAAAAGGGAGAGUGGACUUCCAGCCUGAGCCAGGCUUGGCGGGCAUCGCUUCUCUGGGGGCGUUUACUGUUUCCUUGUCUUCCUUCUCCUGGUCACUUCUCAGGUCUCUGGACCUUUACAGGGUGUGCCUGCCCUCAGCAGCCUUUUUUUUUUUUUUUAAAAAAAAACAAAACAGACAGAAGCAGCUUCAUCCACACAUAAUGCACUCACCAUAUAAUUCAUUCAUUUAAAAUGUACAAUUCAGUGUUUUUUGGUGUAUUUACAGAGUUGUGCGUGUAUCACUGCCAUCAGUUUUAGAAUAUGUUUAUUAGCCCCAGCAGGUCCACACUCCUUGGCCCUCACCUCAGUUACCCCUUCUCCCAGCCCUGGGCAACCACUGGCCUGCUUUCUCUAUUAGUGGAUUUGCUGGUUCUGGACAUUCCCUAUAAACCGAUGGUGCAACAUGUGGUCUUUUGUAUCCGGCUUCUUUCACUUAGCAGAAUGUUAUCAAGGCUCAUCCCGGUUGUAACAUAUAUCAGUGCUUUGCGGUUUUCUCUUUUUCUCUUUUCUUUUCUUUUUUGGCUCUGCCCGUGGAAGAGCCCAGGCCAGGGAUUGAACUUGUGCUGUAGCAUCGACCCAAGCCUCUGCCGUGACAACACCAGAUCCUCAACCCGCUGUACCAUAGAAGAAUUCCCGUACUUUGUUUCUUUUUAUGACUUCAUAAUAUUCCUUCGUGUGGGUGUACCACAUUCAGUGCAUCCAUUCAUCACCUGACGAGCAUCUGAACUGUUUGCAGUUUCUGGCUGUUAGGAAUCAUGCUGCUCUGAGAAUCUGUGUACAUGUCUUAGAGUGGAUUAUCUUUCCAUUGCACUGUUUUUUUACAGCAUGUCCUAAGCAGUAUCGCCUCAGCCAUUAGGGAAGUGUCUUAAAAUGUUUGGCAUCAGAGAUAAGUCAUUAUUCCAAAGUGGACAGCUCUGGGUCAGGGGCCAGGAGACCUGGGGGACCCUGUGCGCCUGCUGGUUGUCCUCGGACUGUGAGUGGCUCAGCUCUUGAGAAGAAGGAAAGCACUCACAGCUCCUCUCCUAGGCCUCCUGCUUCUAGAGAUCACGCACUUUGCGAGAGAGGUGGUGCCAUGUCCCUGGAUCCCUACAAGACAUCAGUAUUGUUUGUGUGAUGAAUGAGUCCACGCCGUGGCUAUUGAAUGUAUUUGCACCUUCUAACAGUGUCGUCUUGCCUGUGUCGCUGACUGGUUUUGAGAUUUAUGAGGCCUCACUCAGAAGCAAUGUGUGUCUGGAUUAAGGGAACCUGAGAAUCACUAUUUAUGUCUGACCCGAGGAAGUUCCCUUUAAGCUGCUUAUCAGAGGUGCAUGCUGAGAGCAUGAUGGGAAGAUGGAGUCUUCCAUCCGCUGGCAAAAUCUGGAAUCUGCUCUCACUCCAUUUUAACUGGAGUGACAAUAAGCUAACAGACCCAUAGGUCUACCCGGAAGUAUCUGCUGACAGCUUCACUUUUGUAAAUUGAGUUGAAAAACUACCUGUGCUCUAAUUCUGAUUUUUCCCGAUACUCCAAGUCUUCAGUGUGGAUUAAAACAUCAUCCCUUUUUGUAAAAAUCGAAACAAAGCAACUUUGAUCUAGGUGAUUUAGGAGAAACUAAAUAUGCCUCUAAUUUCACUACCAGUAUAGUGAAUAUUUAUUUUCCACUUAAAGGGCUAUCAGUGCUCCACGAUUUUUGCAUUUGCAAUUUGAAAGCUACCAGAAAAUUUCCACAUUAUUAAAAAAUUAAGUUUCUCUCGAAAAUAUUCCCUGUGCAGACGCUAACACAUGUGUAUGCACUAUUUCACCACCAGGGGGCAUUGUGGUUUGACUGUCCAUUUAAACAGCCCACAUUCUAUCAGUUUACCCAGGAAAUAGAAGGCCUGGGCAUAUUUCUGAUUCCUUCCAAGAAGGAGCCAUAUCUGGGAGAGAACAGAUGUCGAUUCUUUUUCCUUACUAGCAAACGGUAGUGUUGUCAAAUUUGCUAAACUUAGCCAGUCGAAGAUUAACAUGCAGUAUAUAAUAUGCAUGUGCCUAACUGUACAAUAAGUAGUAAAUCACAUUUUUAUGCUUUCUCUGAACUUGGAAGCUGCAAGUUAUUUUUUUUUUAUUCCCUGGGUGUGAUGAAAUAAAUAACAUUCAAAUACAUUUUAAAGAUGUCAGUCAGCGGGGGGAAAAAAAGUGCUUGGCAACUGUGUUUGAUAGAUUUCUUUUAUGAUUAAUUCUCCUAUUAAGUUUUAAUGACUUUAAAGAUAUAAAGCUAGAAACCACAAAACUAGGCAUGGUUAAUAAAUAACUGAAAUUCCAGGUGUAUAGAAAUGCAUGUGUGGAAAAAUGAAAUCGUAUAUUCUCUAGGAUGUAUGAGGAAACGGCUCUCUGGAGAGUCUAGAGAGUCAAAUAUCCCCAAAAGGGAGGGGACAAGUUUAAAAACAGGGAACUCAAGGAGAUUGUCUUCCUUUAGGAAAAUCCUAGGAAAAACGUACUCUCUAAGAUUAACCAAUGUAAAGUAAAUUAUCUUACGAGCCAGUAAUUUUCAGCAAGAUGGUGGUUCUCUUGGAUGGAAUGCAUUUCUCCAUUUUGGCUUUUUAAAGUGUCUCUGUCCACAAUUUCAAGUAUUUCUCCCAGUUCCUCUUCACACUUUUCUCCCCAGGCUCAUCUGGCCUGGAAGAUGUGUGCUGAUUCAUUGUUUUGUAAAUGUUCAAAAGCCUGCCUGGUCCCAGGAGUGGGGAUCGGAGUGGCAGUAUUUCAGCAAUGCUCUCUCUCUCUCUCUUCUUCCUCCUGCACCCAGAAUGUAUGAACCAGGACUCAGCUCCUGCACAGAACAUCUCUGGGAGUCGGGGAGAAUUGAAGAAUCAAUUCUAGUUUCCACGUGGCAGGAGUGAGGCUUGCCUGGGGCUGGCGGGGUCCCCCACUCCCUGAAACACCCCCUCCACGUCCGAGCCUGUGUGUUCACGCUGGGGGCCUCUGCAGCAAGCACAGCUGGAUUUUUUACUUUCUAGACCAUCUCAAUUCGAGGUCUUAAACUGAACAGUUUAGAAACCAAACAGACAUGAAUCAACAUGAAGAAUAACUGGGAAGAGUUACGGGGCCCCCAGAAGAAUGUAUAAAUGUGUGUGUUUUUGUAUCUGGUUAUGUGUAUGUUUUCAUGCCUCAAAAGAGACACAUGGUAUAUUUCAAUCCAUUCCCGCCACGAAGGACUUUUAUUCUUGAGUGUUUCCGAGUCCCCAAAGCACAAUAGAUGCCAUUUGGAACCUUCACACGAGGCAGCCCCCACACUUCAGAACUUCAAGUCGAAAGAUCUUUUAAGUCCACAAAACUUAUUUUUCAAAGAUCUUGGCCCAUUCCAAAUGAAUACUGAUUCCCAGCCUCUCAAAUGCCUGGAGUGAGAAAACAGGGAAUAUUGUUCUUUUCUGUUUAUAUUAUUUCAUACUGAGUUAAUACACUUGCCAAGAGUCCAGGCAGCUUCUGGCCUGACAAUGCCUUAUUUAACCAGCCUAGUUUUGAGAAUAAAGUCAGGGUCCUCCCCCCCCCCCCCCCAGGGCCCUCCCAGCAGUACUCAGGUCACUUCUGAGUUGGAAGAAACCAAAGCAAAUAAAGCGAAUCUGUUUCUCUAUGAAAAUCAUCUUUUUUUUUUUUUUUUUUUUUUUCCUGGGCUAGGACCCAGAUUUGGCCCUGGCAAGCAGGACAGCCUGGCCCCACACCGGAACCUCAGUUCCUCCUGGGUUUCAGAGAACUGGAAUCCCCAGGCCCAGCCUCUCCCGGCCAAGGAGCCUCACCAGAAACUGAGGCUUCCGGCUCGCUCCCAGCCUGGAGACUGCAGGCCAGUCUGGCUGGCAGAUGCUCCUCCAGCCCUGGCCGCAUCUCGGUGCUGUCCUGGUACACGGAACGCCUUAGCUUGAGGCUGGAAGAAACUCCACGCGUUUGGCCCAAAAGAGGCAACUCCUUCCAGCUGGCCCGGGCGCUGGGCCUUAACAGUGACCCAGAUGAACUGAUUUUGUACAGAGUGGGUGGAGAGGACCCUGGGGACCGGGGGUUGGGGGGGAGGAGGGAAAAGCCGGCGCUUGGCUCCGUGCACAGCGUUUCCUUGGCCGAGCUCCAGGGGAGAGACGGGAUCCAGGGCGAAGGGCCCUUGCAGACCCCCUACCCCCACCCCGCAUGCCCGGGCCUUCCUGCUGGACAUCGGAUCGGCCCUGUGCCCCGAAGACAGUCCCCUCGCCAAGCAGGGGCUGCCCAGGAAGGGAGGCCAUGGGCUUCACGUGUGGAGGGAGUGGCUCCUGUGGACAUGAGAAGACGACACCAAAGGCUGGGACAUUCCUCCAAAUAGAACUCGGGGCCCCCGCCCGCCCCGGAGACGUAAAGGCCGCGCUGCCUGCGCCCCCACAUGCGCACUCUCUACGGCGCGCCCGCCUCCGAAGCCAGGGCGCCCAGGGCCUUGGCCCCGCUCUCAGAUGAGGAGUGGCGCUCGUGUGAGCCUGGCACUGUCUUCUCACCCAAGAGAAGGAGAAAGGCAAAAGGAAAGAGCCUGAGCCGCCUCCUUUUAGAUGCCCGCCACCCCCAGAUGGCAGAGCCGGAAUGCUCCAGGUACACCGCCUGCCCAGUGGUGAUGCACAGGCUGGAGGCCGCCUUCCCCUCUCCCGCACCUGCCUGAUGCCUGGCUGCCGGGCUGCUGCGCUGCCGGGCGGGGGCGGCGUCGAUGUUCUGCGAGGAACGUGUCUUACCCAGGCCUGCCUCAUGCCAAGCCCCACUUGCUUCAGGCCAGUCCCUUCUAAUCUGCGCUGUUGUUGUAAACACUGGAGAAGCGGGAUCUUUCUAGCAAGGGCAGUGUUAUCUGGAAUAAAAUGUUAGCCCUGAGAGUGCUCUCGUGUUCCGCCAACAGCGAGCCGGAGAGCAGAGGAGGGAGAGUCAGAACGUGGGGUAUGUGGCAGAGACGGUGCAAGCCAUCUCUGUGUGUCGACCCCGUCUUUAAAGGCAAGAUUAACAGCGAUACAUAAAUAUAAAUGUUUCUUUCUGGCCAAGCACCGCAGAUUAGAUUUCACAUUCGAAAUGUAAAUCGUGCCUAGGAAACAUCGAUGUUUAUUUUCAGCAACUGACCCUCGGGGAUAAAAAUAAAAAGGAAAAGGGAAACAAACAAAACCGGGUUACUGACAAGCUGUAGGAUGCUCUAUUUUAUAUCUCACAGAUAUUUUACAGCUCUGGCAUUUCUAGGGAACACUUUGGAGUACUUGUAGUCCGGUUUGUCCAUAAAAAAGCCGUCUGUGUUUUUAUGUUUUGAAAAGACAUGUGGAGAAGCCCACAGCAUGUCCUGUCAGGCAUCUUAUCCUUGAAGAAACAGCAGGCAGCAUCAAUGUCACCCACGUACUGUCCCCACCCCCGCCACCCUUUGAGAAGUGUCUUGGGGCUGUCUCCAGCCAAAUCAGCACUGUGCUUCUUGAUUCAUGCCCUGGACUGUUUGCGAAGACAUCUGAAUUAUAAUAUGUAGCGGGGGAAGCACCGUCUGGCUGUCCCAUCUUGACUGAUGUUUCUGCAUCCCACCUUGCUUAAUCAGGAGCAGGAGCCAGGGAUGCUGGGCAGGGGCAGGGGUGCUGGAUGGGCGUGGGCAUGCUGGGUGGGAGUCGAGUUGGUGGACUGAGGCGGGGAUGCUGGGUGGGUGCUGGUUCAUGCCUUCCCUGUGUCAGGUCUCCCUCCAUGGAGCCAUCCCCUUGCUUUGGUUCCCAGGCAGCAGGGGCGAAUGGUAUUCCUUCCACCUCCUUUGUCUUUGUCAAACCCACCACCCUUUCCAGGAGCACGGAUAUUUCAUUAUCUGCUGCUGUUAUGUUGUGAUCGUGGAUCCCCCAGCUGUGCUCAAAACCACCUCCCUCUUGAGCAACACAAGGAGGUGGUUUUACCAGCAGAAUCUGGUGUGUGUGUGUACACAUGUGUGCUUUCCCCAUGCACACAUGCGCCCAUGCUCAUACACUCGUGCACAGUUGGCGCCGUUGGCAGCUCAAGGUGAAGCCCUCCCGCUCCGGAUGACCUGGGACUCAGCUGUGAGGUGGAGCUGGCAAGAAUUUUGCCACCCAGUUGUUAAACACACACUGUUAAAACUUGAGUUACACAAACUUACCAUUAAAUAAAUUAUAUUCGAAACAACGUUGUGAAAUAAUCCAAGCGCAGUUCUUCCCAGUGAUUUUACGACCCCUGACGGUCUUCAUCUGCGCUCCUGAGCUUGUCUGCCCUGGAUGGCAGAAGUGCCUAGGGCUCUGCCCAGCCCUGCGUCCAGUGACAUCGUCUUGCCAGCUUGAAGAAGCCGUGGCAGGAGUAUUGACACCGCAGAAACAGGCAAAAAAACCACAAACCAAGCCUUGGUUGAUUGUUUCUUUUAUAUUGUCGUGGCUUCAGAAAAUAAUUAUAACAUUAAUAAUGAAGAUUAACUACAAGGGUGUCCUGACCAGAAUGAUGCAUAGUGAAUAUUAUUAAAAAAGAGGAAAUACCCCCUCAGCAUAUUAAAAACAUAUUAUUACUAAACUCAGUAAAGAAGCUGCUCAGGCCAUUGAAGAAUGAGCACCGAUCCCAAAUAGGUCCAUCUGGGUGGUUUCACUUUCAUCUUACCGUUAACUUGAAAGUGUGAACCAAGCUUCUGGGUUAUGGAUGCGAGAGACUAAAAUCAGGGAAAGCCCCAGGUGAGAGUCAGUUGGCUCCGUGAAAUUUAUAAUGAAGAGUGUUGCCUGUUUUCACUUGUAAAUUGUGUGCCAACGUCUUUUAUAUCACUCAGUUUUAGAAUAAGCAUGUAUAGGGUUGGCCCUUCAUAUCCACGGGCCCCAGAUUCAAUCAGUGUUUGGUUGAUCACAAUAUUUGGGGAAAAAAAUUCCAGAAAUAGCAAAAAGGCAAGCUUGAAUUGGCCACACGCUGGCAACUGCUUCCAUAGCAUAUACAUUGCGUUUGCAGCUAUUUAUCUAGCAUUUACAUUGCAUUCGGUAUUAAAAGUAAGCUGGAGAUUAAAGUGUAGGAAAGGCUGUGCUUAGGUUUUGUGCAAAUGCGAUAGCAUCUUUUGUAAGGAACAUCUGCGCGUGCAGAUUUUGGUGUCUCGGCGGGGGGGGGGGGGGUCCCAGAACCAGUCCCGGGGUAGUCUGCAGGGCUGGAUUUGUAUUUCGAGGCAGGCUUUUCUUUUUGGAGAGCCACUGGUGCUCCGUCACUGCUCACCUGCAGAAAAUGUUUGCGGAUUCAUUGAGAUGGCCUGUGCAGAUGGGCCUGCUCCAGUGCCUGGCACAAAGCUACCACGAUGGCCAUGGUCGUGAGCGUUAUCUCCACCCUUGUCACCAUCAGAGGGAACAAGGUGACAGGUGCCAGCACGGCAUGUCCAGGAGCAGAGUCACCCAGUGUGAUGGGCCGCCCAGUGUGCCUGGGGGAAAUGGCUCGCCCGCCAUCCCAGGAUGUUCAUUUUCCCAGAGCCAAAACCUCCCAAGGCCGGUAAGCAGCAGGCCCGCCCCUUCCUUGUGAUAUGCUUCCAACAGGCAGUUCCGAAAGCAGAGGAAGCAGGCGGUGGCCGUCGCCCAUGUUCCAGGUGGCCAGUUGCCUCCCGCCUCCCCACCACCCCUCGCACCUGCUCUCCGAAUGCAGAGACCGUUUCUGUCCCGAAUCAAACCGUUCAUCAGGGUUUACAGGUACGCCUUCUGCCCAGACACCCUGACUCCGCAAGAAGGAUCUGAAAUGUUCUGAGAGCUCUCAAAUGACGUGCACCUGAAAUGUCCACCUGAAAACAAAAAAGAUGCAGGAUGACACCUGGCCGCCCUGUGGAAAAGGAUCGGGGCCUGCCAGGGCUCUUAGGCAUCACCGGCCGUCUGCUGUGUGGGGUGCUUAAUAGUUUCAAGAGCUCAGGGUCCCGGCUGCCAGGCCUGUUGCCUAGGACAGGCCCAGGCCCAUGGAACAAGCAGCUUCGGAGCAAUCGCAGUACCUCCUGGCUUCCGUAGCCUCCUCUGUUUCUUGUUAUUCUAGUUGAGUACUGCGUUCAGACAGAGGUUGCCAAUAAAGUUUAUUGUAGGAGCCGCGUGUCAAUAUCUGUUGUACCCCCCGCCUAGGGUGCUUGUAAUUAAAAUGCCACAGAUAGUCUGGGAGAGGCAUGAAAAUUUGAUGGCACAUUGAUUUCAGGUUCAUCUUGAAAUUUGUCCUCCGCUGGACUCGAUACGCCAGGCAGAUGCGGGGUGGCUUUUGUCAGGGGGGCCCUGCUGCAAUGAGACAGAGCGGUCUCGAUCUGAAUAUUAAAUACAACUCGCUGCUUAUGACAGAUGACUCCUUGGGCGCUGAAACACGCCGCACUCCUCUGUGCCCAUUCUUCUCCACGGAAUGUGUAAGAUAGGCUCACACAGAUGCACUUUACACGUGAAAAGAACUUGUAAGAAAGUCUCUGGGCAAAAGAAAGAAAGAGUUUUGAGAAAUGCUGGCUUCAAACCCAGGAUAGUCUGUCCAGUAUUCCAAACGUAGAAAUGUUCCUUGGAUCUGAUUUAAGAAAGCUGGAAAAAUAAUGGUAACGAAGAUAAUAGCAUCAUCAAGGAUCACGGCCCUGCAGGUUUUCCUCAGAAUGGCGUGUUAUAGAAAAGCAAAGGAAGCUGUGUGAGUGGGGUAAACAGUCCCAAUAUUUAAUGUUAUAAAUUGCUGGUUCCUGUAAACUCGCAUUUAUGCAUCCCAUUAGAAAAGCCAUUAUCCUUAUGUAUUGUUCAUGCAGAAAUGCACUGUGAAUAUAAUACAAUUUUAAAAGUGUAUUUGUUUUCAGAAUUUAAUUUGAAAAAGGUUUGAGGGAAAAAUAAUGUGGAGUUUUGAGUGUUUUUAAUUUUAAAAAUGCGUUGUUCAGUUGAGUUAAAUGUGCUCAAGAAAAACGCAUUUUAUUACCUGAAACUGUUUAUUUGGCAAUUAAUUGUAUUUACUCUAGAAUUCAGUGGGUGAUUAGAAAUGGAUUUGAAAAGAGCAGUGCUCACAUGGAGAACAUUCAUGCAUUCUUUAAGCAAAUAAGAAUUGAAUCCUGGAGUUCCCACUGUGGCCCAGCAGGUUACAGACCUGGUGUUGUCUCUGCAGUGGCUUGGGUGCCUGCUGAGGCACGGGUUCAAUCCCUGCCCGGGGAACAACCAUAUGCUGCGGGUGCAGCUGGGGUGAUGGUGGGAGGGAUUGAGUCCCUACUGUCCGCAGGGCAAAAGUGGAUGAGAAAAGAUUUCUAGGCCAGACGUCUAUGAGCCGCAUGUCCCAGGCUACCUGUCACUCUGCAUAAGCGGUGCCUCAAUUAAUUUUUCAAAAACGCCUGAGCUAGUGAUGCCAAAGUCUGAGCGACUCCCUGGAAAACAAAUGAAGGGGAUGCGUUCACUCCUUCUGAAGUGGAAUUUUCGAAUGGGAACAGAAGCAGUGCCCUUCACUUCGGGAUGGAAGCAUCUGUUCGGCGUCUCUCGCAGGGAGACUCGAGACGCGCGUCUCGCUCAGGGUGAUGUCUCGGGCAGGCCCGGGGACUAAGGCCCGUCAGCGGAACGAGCCCGGCAGAUGCUCCUGGGUCGUCAAAGUCACUCCUUGGCACAUUCAGGAGAUAUUUAUGGAUCUUUUAUUAGGGCAGUUUUUAUGGCCCAAGAUUAAAAGUUGGAAGUUAAAUAGUAAAAGUAAUGAAGAUGGGCCUUCGGAGGAUCCAACCGGUUUGUGUUUUCAUUCCCUCCGUUUGCCAAGGCCCAUUGAAUUUUGAUGAUAGUGUUUUAAAAAAAAAAA